GGAACCUUUCCAGUUGCGAACAAUGCAAGUUGCUGGUAGCCAGCCUCUCUGCAGGCUCAUUGAUUUAGGAUCUUCUCUUUACUGCCUUCCCUUACGCUUGGACUGAGAGUGCACUGGCGGCCACAGUUUCCCAGGCUGUGAGCACAUGUCAAAUGGCUAACCUUUUGGCUGUCCAUAUUUCUCAGGACAAGAGCUGCUUUUAAUUCUAGCAUUUCCUGCAGGAGUUUAAAUGCAGGAGUGAGCUGUUGCGAGCAUUACAUUUUUGCUCCAAGCGAACCAUUUUUUUUAAAAAAGUUGUUAUUAAUGUUAUUAUUAUGACUACAUUCUGGAUGGAAGAUGCAAAGUGUUGAGUGGAUAAAUUUCUGUACAGACUGGAGGAUAAGCAGACAACGACAGAAGAAUAAGUUUACUUAAGAAGCAUCAGUGAAGGAAGAUUUCCUCCUCCGUGAAAGUCGACCCAAGCAGUGAAAAUGAUGAUGAUGAUGAGGCAGGUACAAUGUGUAAAAAUAUGGAGCGUAAACAUUAAUUCAUUAAUAGGGGGAAAUAUAUAUAUGCAUGAUUUAUUAUAUGUGUGUGCAAUUUCUGAUUGAUAUAUGAAUUAUAUUCAGUGUGUGUUUUUGCAAAGUCUCAAAGAUGGUGAUUGUCAGAGUGUGAUCUUCAUUUUCAAAGGACAUUUGUCACACCUUGGGCUAUAGAAAUGAGAAAUAACUCUUGUGACAGAGUCAUUUCUGACACUGGGCAUCCUAAAACCUUAAGGAUGAACCAACAUUCACCUGUUUGAUAUCCAUAUGAGGGUGGGCGCUGAGAAGCUGGGGCUGCACAUGAAGCAGACCGGACUGAUAUAAUGCUCAGCAGUAGAAUGAGCUACGGUGUCAUACUACAGAUUUGGGGUGGCAUUUUCAAAUGUUCCCUAUAUAAAAAAUUUCCCUGACAAUAGAAAACUGGCAUAAAGCUUUUAGCCCAGAUGUCUGCCUGCUGUGCUGGUGUUUGUUUCCAUGGUGUUUGUAGCAUAGGGAAACAAUAAUAAUAAUAAAAAAGUCCUCCAUCUGAACUGGUGGAGUCCUUUUUACCAUCUCAUAAUCCCCUGCAUGUGCAGAUGUGAACAACCACCUAAGCGAAACUAUUUUAAGCCUGUUGCUUAUGAAAAGUGCAAAAGUACAGGCAAGGAAAUUAAACGGAAGGGGAGACAGAAAAGAUCUACUGACGGUUUGCUUAGACAAUAUAUUAUUGCAGUAACCAUAGCACUCUCAGUGUACUUGAAAGGGUAGAGAUAAGACAAAAAGACUGAUCUCUCUCACGAGGAGUCUACAAUCUAAAUGGUAAAGAAAUGGAUAAAAGUUUUUCAUGGAAGAAGGAAGGAAAGUAUGCUGAUCCACAUUAUUCUGUAAGGAUGCAAACUGCACAAACUUUCUGUAGCAUCAACAAUGGGUGGGAAAGUUUGCUCAGAACAAAUCGUCCUCUGUGACCUCAAAGAUGUUGGUUGUAACUUGCUCUUCACGUUCUAUUUUAAUCUGGCUGAGGAAAGAGCACGCACACACACACACACUCAUACCCGAUGAUUUAAGCAUGUAUAAAUUUAGAGGGAGAAUUAAAGAGGCAUGCAAGCUAAAAUUACCAUCUCCAUUCUUAGUGAGAUAAAUUCAAGGAAAAAUGAGGCAGCAAAGUGGCCUUUGCUAUUGAUGAUGAGGAAUUCACUCGUUUUGCACACUCCAUUUUCAUAAUGGGUUCACCUACCUAUAAAACCUUGAACAUUUGCCUAGUUUUGGUGAAAUAUGUAUCAGUAGAAUUCAUUUGACUUAUAGGCAUUAACAAAAGAGGAGAAAAAGCCAGCCACCAGAAGCUGAAAUCUGAUUUGUAAGAGAGAGUGAGAAAGUUUCCUGUAUUCCUCUCACCCCUCACCCCCAAUAUUUUGAAUGCCUUUAUAUGAUAUGUGCAGAAUCUACCAAUUUGCAGCCUCUCUGUGCAUUUUUGUAGAUGCAGGUAGGUACCUGUCAAUAUAGAGAUGUUAAGGCUGCAAUCCUAUACCCACUAAAAUGGAGGUAAACUCCAUUUAAUCUGAUGGAACCGUUUUGAGUAGACUGGGGCUGUCAGUGGCAUCUCUUCUGAGAAUUAACAGUGCAAAUCUAAGCAUGUCUACUGAGUAUUCGGUAGGGCUUUCUGCCAGGUAAACGGGCUCAGGAUUGCAGCCUCAACGUUUGAAAGCCAUGCUAAUAAUUCCAGGCUGCAGUGCAAGUCAUUUCCUGGUAGCCUUGCACGCACGGGAGACGGGCCUCUAGGCUGCCAUCCUGCACGCACUUACCUAGGUGCAAGUCUCCUGGGACACAGUGGGGAUUGCUUCCGAGGAAACGCACCCCGGCCAAGCUUUGCUCAUGCCAACUCCACUUCCCAUCCUUGUAAAACAUGCCAGUCGAGGGCUUGAAAUUACUUCUAAUGCCCGGGAGCGCAAGAGGAGCAUCCAAAUGCUGCCCCUCCCUCUCCCCCCCCUAAAAAAAGCAGCCUGAGAAAGAAAACUUCGCCCCGAGAGUUUCUUGCUGGUGUUUCCCGGCGCGGAUUUGCAAGGGGCCGGCGCCGGAGGAGUGCGCGGCAGCCAAGGGGUUAAGGCGGCGAGCCAUCUGGCGGAGCGGGUUUCUUAUAGCCGCGCAGAUUCAGGUUCGCGGGCGCAGAGGUUGCAGCUCGUCUCUCGGCUCGUAGCCGUGCAAGUUGCGGGGGGCCCCUGCUGCUGCUGCUGCUGCUGCCGGCGGGCGAGCGCGCCUCUCCAAGGGCCGGAUCCUGCGCAGCCAGCUCGCUCUCUUCAUGUCGGCUUCCCUGCAAACGGCCCCGCGGAUGCCAUGCUCACUUCUGCCACGGUAAGGGGACGGGGGUCGCGGGAGGGAGGGAGGGAGGGAGGCGAGGAGGGGGGCCGAAACAUCCCCACCCCACCCCACCGGCGCCCCAUUCCCUUGGCCCGAUGAUGUUGGGCCUCCCUCGGGCACGGGGCUUGCCUACUCGCGAGUAAAUGCCACGCCGGACUCGCAGCCCACGCGCGGGGCUUCCCAGGUUGGGGAGCUGGGUCCUCUUCCGAGGGAAAGCGGGAUGUACGCGAGGAAGUCUGGGGGGGGGGGUCCCCUGGAUUCUCUCCCCCCCAAGCUUUGGAGGAGACAUCGAGCAAGCUCGGCUCCUAACAAAAGCAGGCGGGGAAGGAAGACGCGCGCGGGGGAUUCCCCCCCGCCCCCCCUCCCCGUCUCUGUUACUCCAGGUAACUCCGAUUCCCGCGGCCCGUUCCAGGUGUGGGUCGUCUCCUCCCUCCCCUUUCUCGAAGGCGGGGACACCCCCCCCCCCAAAAAAAAAGUCCCGCAUGGCGCAAAUCAUUCUCCUCUCCGGGAAAUCGAAGGCAGGCUUUGCGCGGCCGCGGGUCGGCGGAGUGCGCCCCGUCCUCUGCGCGGGUGCGGAGGGGGAAGAGCCCCCCGUCGGGGCGCCCGAGGGAAAGCGCGCGAGAGGAGCCUCCGCCUUCCUCCUCCUCCUCCUGCAAAGUCGCCGAGUUUCUCGGGAGCUUCUUCGGGAGACGCUCAGCCCGAUGGCUUGCGGGCAGGGAGAGGCGGCGAGAGGCGAGCGCAAUCCUGGCAUGGUUUGGAUACUUUUCAGAUCCAGCCCUUUAAUCCUCCCCGUUAAAAUAAAACUAGGAAAGGGCGAAAGUUGGUCUGGAUCUCGAAAUAGCCGGGAGAUGGAGAGAAGAGCGGGGGGAUGGGGGGACGGGGACGGACAGACGGACGGCAAGAUUUGGGUUUGAAUGAAGUUUGCUGGCGGGCGGCUUCCUCGGUCACUUUGCGCGCAGCUAUUUGGAGAGGCGAGCAGCGUUCCCAGCGCCUGCGAUGCGGAGGCUGCGCGCUGCGCCCGCGAGCUCCCUCGCGGUAUAGCAGGGGCGAGGCGCGUGCGGGAGAGUCGGACUCGAUGGGUGAUCUUAGGUAGGCUGUAUCUCCAGAGAAGUCUUCAAACCCCCCUCCACCGCCCCCAGCAUCCAGGCAGUUGGGGGAACCACGUGCGUGCAAGAAAAUGCAAGCUUUGCAAAAACAAUUUUUUUUAUAUAUAUAAAAAAACACCACAUUCCAGGGAUCCAGCUGCACUGUUGCAAAACCACAAUAAUGCAACGUAAUCUGUAAUCUCUAAACACGCCUCUUAGGGAAGAAGCGGCAAUUUGGAAGAGCAGUAAACCCUUUUAUAGCCUGAAGUAUUUCAGGGUAUAUGUGUAUGUGUGUCUGUAUGUUGAAUCUCUUUCCCGCUCCCAAAAUAAAUCAAAAUUCUCUGCACAUAAAAAAAAUGGCACACCUGGGAAAAGAUUAGGCUGAAUCCUGUUCCCUCACCUGCUCCUUUUCUUUCUCUCCCACACACGUUUUUGUGUGUGUACAGGUCUGGUUUUCUUGUUUCUGGCAAGCUUUUGCUUCCUGUCUGGAGCGGUGCUUUCCCGACUCCGGGGAAGCUUUGCCACUGGAGUCUACUGACCUCAUUAUCAUUAUACUACCUGCAGAAAGUAAAUAAGGUUGGGUUGUGGUGUCUGCCCCAGCUGAUGGUAGCCUAAAGACAGGAAGACAGUGGCAGGAAACUACAGGUGGAACCGAUUCUUGCUGUAGUUGGGGCUGACAUGGAAGCAAAGUGAAAUUGGAGAGGUAUGGUGCAAAUCUGGUCUGGAGCAUAGCUGUCAACUUACAGAUUUGAAAAUAAGGGACCAGCAGCCUCGAAAAUAAGGGAUCAGUCGCCAAAAUAAGGGAUCAACAAUUACUUUGAUAAAAUACAUAUUUUGUUGCAUGCAAAUGGCUUUAGAUACCUAUUAGGUCCAUAAAUCACCAUAUAGCAUAUAUUCAACACAAAAAACAGCAACAAUUUGUUGUUGACAAAGGACAGCUGGACAUAGAAAGGGCCCCAUUACCUUCAGUAGCUUAUUUAAGGGACAUCAUCAAUAAGGGACAGCAGCGGGACAUGGCGCUGGGCUAAGGGACUGUCCCGCCAAAUAAGGGACGCUUGACAGCUAUGGUCUGGAGGUUAAAGUGAGCAGGUGUGCUCACUGGCAUCCACCAUACAGGAGGGACACACUUUCAGACUCGAAUGUUUUGACACUGCUGAGAAUGCUAUCAAGGGAGGUUGUAGCACUUCCAAGAGGUUCUUUGGGCUCAGGCCUGCGCGGAGCGUAUCUUAAUGUCCCUUCUUAAUGUUCAGUGCUAAGACAAGCCACGGUUGUUUGCUCAUGAGGGACAGCUUUCCCUGGGCAUUAGUUCUGAGAGCAGGAGGGAAGGUGGGGGUGUGGGAAGGCUAGGAUACGGAGGAAGGGUGGUCUUCUUUGUAGUAAAAGCACUUAAAAGAUCUGUGCAAAUUUCCCCUAGGCGUGGGGAACGAACAGUGAAAGGAAUGGUCCACGCUUGUAAUAAAGAGGAAGGAAACAUUGAAUGGAAAGAGAACGUAAAGGCAACUGGGGAACAAAGGUUGCUCACAUGAUAUAUAGUGUUAGGUUCUAGUACUGAAAAUACCUUUUUUAUUUAUAAACACUCACUCGCUAAUCCUUUGUUCCCCACUAAUAUUCAGAGUAAUCUCUCCUUGUUCCUUAAGUAUGCUCUGGAAGCAUAUAAACCAGUUAUUAUCCUGAUUUCAUUUCAACAGUGUGGCCAAAGCAGGUAUGAGUUGAUACUUUCUGGGGCCACAUAGGCACAGUAACAUUUAGAUAUUAACUUGAAUUUUAAGAUUCUUGGGUGUAUGUAGCUAUAUAUGCUCACAGUAAUAUAAAUAUGCAAAUAAUAAAAGUUAUUUAUGACUAUGUAAAUAAUAUGACAGCUUUUAGUAGCCACCAAAAAGAAAGCCUUCAAGACCUGAUUUAUGCUUACAGAAAAGCCCAGUGUAGUCUUCUGGGACUGCAGCACUGUGUGUGUGUCUGUGUGUGUGUGUGUGUGUGUGUGUGUGUGUGUGUUUGUAGCCCCAACUCCACACAAAGCUAGUAAAAAAGAAAAUGCACUAGAUAAAUUGACAGACUGUCAUGUCUCCCUGACAUGACAUUAGUUUUCCAGAAGCAGGACAUUAUUUCGGAUGUAGGAAAAUGUUCAUUCUUGUGAUUCUCUCACUUAAGUAAGGACCUGGAAUUCUGAAGUGGCAUAGUCUUUUUCCUGAAGAUAUGGAAAACCCUGGGGGAAAAGUGUCAUGGUACGUUGGAAAAUAAUAGGCAUAUUUUAUUCUUUCAUGCAGUGACCUAUUUCAUCAGGUAAUUCCAUUGUAUUCAAAUUGCAGUGAAUUGAUUUGCAGACUUGAGUUGGGGUUCGCUGGAGGAUAAAACCAGUUAAGGAGUAAUCUUGAAGUUAGAGGCCUGCAAUGCACGUCACUGCUAAUCCUAAUGUCAACAUUGCUGCAUCAGUCUGAGAGCCUAUGUGGUAUGGUAUCUGAAGACUUGAAUGGCAGAGAUCUGGGUCCAAAUUUCCAGUUAGCUACCAAGCUUACUGGAUGACUUAGGCAGGUUGCUAUUUCUCAGGCUAACCUACCUCAUAAUAUUGUUAUACAGUCAUACCUCAGGUUACGAACGCUGUGGGUUGCACGUUUUCGGGUUGUGGACCGCGCCAAACCUGGAAGUACCAGAAGGGGUUACUUCCAGGUUUCGGCGCAUGCGCAGAAGCGCCGAAUUGUGUCACGCGCGUGCGCAGACGCGGCGCUUCAGGCUGUGAACUCUGCGGGUUGUGAACGUGCCUCCCGCAAAGAUCAUGUUUGCAACCAGAGGUAUGACUGUAAUGGAUUCUCUGGAGAGAUGAUGAACAAGAGGCUGUUUGCAGGUGACCUGUGUUUAGAGGGACACACAAGGCUGCAAAUGGCAUUGUGUUGUAAGAUGUUUGUGGUAAUAAUACAGGGUGUAAUAAAAGGAUAUGGUGGUACUGUAGUUGAUAUCUGAGGAUAUAGGCCAGCUGCAGUUGCUUUUAGAGAUGGUGAACUCUGGCAAAGUGUGGUAAUAGAACAAGGAAUAAUGUAUUGCUUCACCAUGGAAGUAUAUUUUAAUAUAUUUGCGAAGGAAGUUUGUUUGGUGAUAAACAAUCACUAGUACUGGAGAAGAAGGAACAAAGGGCCAAAUGGGAACUUGGGCUGGUAUUUAAUAAGGAAGAAAACAUGAGGUAAACUGGCUAUGAUGUCAGAAUAUUUUCCCAUCAAAAUGUGAAGGUAGAGAAAACUGUGAUGUUUAAGUGCAAAGAACUGCCUUGAUGGAACAGACUGUCCAUUUAGCUGAGCAUUCUGUUUCUAACACUGACCAGUCAGAUGCUUCAAGGAAGAUGAUUGCCAUUUUACCCCCUGCAUCUGGUACUCAAAAGAAGACCACUGCUUCUGAACAUGGAGAUUCAGUUAGGCAUCAGAGUUAUCAAUGAAAGUUGCAUCUUCCGUGAAUUUUGUCCAGUUCUUUUUGUAAAGCCAUUCAAAGCAGAAAUCAUCUGUCUGACAGUUAAGAUGUCCCCAACAGGAUCACUAGUGUGGGAAGAAGCCAUCAUCGUAGAGGGUCAUCUAGUCCAACCUUCUGCAAUGCAGGAAUCCGGUCCACAGCUGUCCCUGGGUGGGUUCAAACUACCAAGUUUCCGGUUAACAGCCAGACCCACUGACCCUUUGUGCCACAGAGAUCUGAAUGGAAGCAGCUUGUACACUGGUGUUGGUAAUAUAUGAAUUGCCCCAAAUCUAGUCUUUCUCAUGAUAGAUUUGCGUGAGUGAUAAAGUAUAAUAUUAAAAUUUCACUGCAGUGUGCUUCAUCGAGCAUUUAACACAUCUAUCAUCUGUAUACAAAAUAGCUCAAAGGAGUGAUUUGUGUGUUGGACUAGGACUGGGGAGACACAGCUCAAAUUUCCACUGGCCAGUGAUGCUCACAGGGUGUGAGUAUGAGUCUGUUACUCUCUCUGUCAGCUUCAUCUACCUCACAGGGUUGUUGUGAAAUAAACUAUAGAGGUAGGGACAACCAUGUAUGCGGCAUACAAACAUAAUACAGUGGUACCUCGGGUUACAUAUGGUUCAGGUUACAUACGCUUCAGGUUACAGACUCCGCUAACCCAGAAAUAGUACCUCGGGUUAAGAACUUUGCUUCAGGAUGAGAACAGAAAUCAUGCUGCUGUGGCGUGGCGGCAGCAGGAGGCCCCAUUAGCUAAAGUGGUGCUUCAGGUUAAGAACAGUUUCAGGUUAAGUAUGGAGCUCCGGAAUGAAUUAAGUACUUAACCCGAGGUACCACUGUAAAAACAAAUUAGGCAUUUGGUAGCCUGGGUAGUAGAUGGUGAACUAGAAGCUAAUAGCUAGACAAUAUAUUUACUAUCUCAGCCAGCUGAAAUUGGAGGGACAGGAAUGUUUUGUAGGCAAAAGGAGUCAAAUUUCAUGGAAAGAUGCACAAAGCCCACUUGAGAAGUUUUGCUCAUCCUGUUAAAAUGCCCCAGGCUCCCCUCAAAAUCCCUUCAAUUGCUUUGCUUGAAUCCACCCCCUGCAGUUCAUAUCAGAACUUGCUUCAUUGGCAGCCAUAGUUCUGUUCAGGAGGAGCAGGUACUGGGUUUGAGGCACAAAGUUAAGGCAGUAAUUUCCAAACAGUGUGAUAGGGCACACACUAAUAUCUGAAGGGUCUGGCCUAAAGGUCUGCCGCAUAUUUCCACUGUGCUGCUGGUCAGAAUGGGGAACCCCAGAGCAGCAUUGAUCCUCGCUCUCCUUGCAGUGAUGUUGUCCCAAGGGAGCCAUGGUAUUCUGUGAGGCAGCUUGCGUUGCAGCUGACCAGUGCAGUGGAGUCCCAGAAGCAUCCUCACUUUUCCAAAAGCACUUGAGCUUGGAUUGAAUGGAAGGGAGAGCAGGACAUUAAGAGACAGUAUUACGUGAGCUGUCUUGAAGAUGCAAGGAGAAUGCCUGCCUAUUUCCAGGGUGGGGUGGGGUUGGGGCAGAGCAUAAUACUGUAAGAGUUCACCAUGUGUUAUCAGGAACAAGAAUCCAAACCACCCAAGUGAAAAUGUGCAACUCCGUUUCUUGAUUUUGUUGUUUAGUCAUGUCUGAAUCUUUGUGACCAGAGCACGCCAGACACUCCUGUCUUCCACUGCCUCCCGCAGCUUGGUCAAACCCAUGUUCGUGGCUUUGAGAACACUGUCCAACCAUCUCAUCCUCUGUUGUCUCCUUCUCCUUGUGCCCUCCAUCUUUCCCAACAUCAGGGUCUUUUCCAGGGAGUCUUCUCUUCUCAUGAGGUGGCCAAAGUAUUGGAGCCUCAUCUUCAGGAUCUGUCCUUCCAGUGAGCACUCAGGGCUGAUUUCAUUCAGCGUGGAUAGGUUUGAUCUUCUUGCAGUCCAUGGGACUCUCAAGAGUCUCCUCCAGCACCAUAAUUCAAAAGCAUCAAUUCUUUGGUGAUCAGCCUUCUUUAUGGUCCAGUUAACCCGCAGAUUUAUGCUUGGAACCUGCUAGUUCAGACCAGCGUGGCGUUAUUAACAACAGACCACUCAAUAGGCUGCUGGGAGAGAUUUGCAAUGUAUUUUGAGGGCAAAAUCCCCCGGAUCUGUGCCAAACUGGAAGCCACAGCUAAUAGACGUCCUUGGAGCACUGACUAGUUACAGACUGUGGUAUUCAGUUUCGGUUGUUGUGGAUGCUUGCAGAAGUAAGGUCAGAUAGAAGCCCUUUUGAUCCCUUCCCAUAAUGGUAGAUGAAAUCUAGUAGGGUAGGGAUUGAUUGAAUGGAUGGGUCUGUGGUUUAGUUCAGGCAUAGCAAACUCUGCCCUUCAGAUGUUUUUGGGACUACAAUUCCCAUCAUCCCUGACCACUGGUCCUGUUAGUUAGGGAUGGUGGGAGUUGCAGUCAUAAAACAUCUGGAGGGCCGAGUUUGCCUCUGCCUGGUUUAGUUAAUGCCUUUCUAUGGGAGGGAUUUAUGCCCAGCCCUCCCUGGGCCCAGAGGUUUUAGAAAACUACUACCCAGUCUUUAAUAUUCCCUUUCUGGGUAAAAUGAGGGGGUGGGUGGUGGGCAGCCAGCUGCAGGUGUGCAUGGAGGAAACAGUUUAUCCAGACGCAUCAUCACUUGGUUUCAGGCCUAGUUUUAGCACCGAAACAGCCUUGGUUACCCUGAUUGAUGACCUUUAUCGGAAGAGAGAUGCAGGGAGUGGAAUCCUGUUGGUUUCCCUUGAUAUCUCAGCAACUUUUGUCACCAUUGACAGUGGAAUGACGCAGGUGGUUGGGAGUUUUGAGGCCUGAUGCAAUAGUGGUUCCACUCCUACCAGCCCCAUCCCUUCUGGAAAGUAGCUCAAGGGGCAUGGCCAGAUAAUAAUGGUUCAUUUGGAGGAAUUCUACCAAAACCCACAUCUGCAAGGGGCCCCAGAUGCUUAGCUUUUUAAAUAUAUAAUUUAAGUCUCUAACACCACUUUGAGGUUUUUUACAAUCACAUGAAAGAAUAAAUAACACCCCCCCAAAAUCAUGUCCACUUGCUGUCAUGGCUGGCAAUGUCAACCUCUCCUUUAAGCAGGCAGGUGAGAGGACAAAGUAGUCUGUAUAAUGCAAGCUUCUUACUCCUUCCUUCCCUCCCCACCACCCGCUUAAAGCAGGAGCCUGGAGCUGCUUCAGAUAGCACUUUUGCCAAACGCUUUAAGAGAGCCCCAUUGCUCAGAUGAGAGUGCGGAGAUUGUCUUGAAGAGCUUUGCAGAAGCAUUCUUUGAAGCAGCCUCCCUUCUGUAAACAUCGCUUGAGCAAUGUUUACAGGAGGGAGGGGGGAGGCUGCUUCAAACAGUGAUUUUGCAAAGGGCUUUCAGACAGCCCCCUGCACUCCCGCUCCUGUUUGAAGCUCCAGAGGCUCACACAGGGGUGCGAGCGCUGUCUAACCUUGAAGGAACUGCAGGUUCCCAAGCGCCCAGAACCUGCGCAAGGGAUUUUGAGAGGUGGGUGGGGCCCCCCACCUGUCAAAUUUGGCCUGAGAGGCCAGUCCUGAUAAGGAUCUGGUCUGUGGAGCCAAAAAGGAUCCCCACCCCUGUUAUGAAACAAAAUGUGCAGGCAGCUAUGGGAUGAGUCAGCCUGGCUGUUCUCCACCCACCCCUAUAGGUGCUUUUGGCCAAUGAGUGAAAGCAGAGCUGUGAUUGACAAGUGAGUUUUUUUAGACACUGGGCUAUAGGAAUCCCUCCCUGGGGCACUAAAGAGUUGCUUUUUCUUCCUUCCUUCUAGUGCAUUUUUCUUUCCUGCUUCCAAUUCCUUUUAGAAUCCUUGCAAAAUCUGUACUGUAGUUUGUCUUCCCUCCCUUGCUAGCAACCAAGAUUUGUCUUUCCUGUGCUGGGCUUGUCUGAAAUCAGGUGCUCACUAGAAGCUGUUUUCUGCAGAAACUACUGCACAUUAAGUACGGACGGACGUUAAAGAACCUCCCCACUCAAAAGCAAAUCAAAGUGUAAAUUAUCUGCCAGAGAUUUAUACACGUUCCCUGUUGUGCAGGAGCUAAAGUUCAGGUGCUCAUUAAGAAUUCAAUGUGUAAAAUAAAAUAAAAACAUUUUAUAGCAUUUAAAAAUCCUGAUAAUGAUCUCCCGUUAAUGGUUUUGCUCCACAAGUACCCUUGCCUGGCAGGGAUGUGUUCUUGAAUGAUGAUAAUGACUCUAACUUGCCGAGAUGGAGAUCGGUAAAUAUGUCUGGGUUUCAGAAACCUUUGAAACCUUUGUCCUUUAUAUAUGUAUAUAAAGGUAAAGGGACCCCUGGCAGUUAAGUCCAGUUGCAAACGACUCUGGGGUUGUGGCGCUCAUCUUGCUUUACAGGCAGAGGGAGCUGACAUUUGUCCGCUCUGCAGACAGUUUUUCCGGGUCAUGUGGCCAGCAUGACUAAGCCGCUUCUGGUGAACCAGAGCAGUGCACGGAAAUGCUGUUUACCUUCCUGCCGAAGUGGUACCUAUUAAUCUACUUGCACUUUUUGGCAUGCUUUCGAACUGCUAGGUUUGCAGGAGCAGGGACCGAGCAACGGGAGCUCACGCCAUCAUGGGGAAUCGAACCGCUGACCUUUUGAUCGCCAAGCCCAAGGCUAAGUGGUUUAGACCAAGGUGCCACCUGCGUCCCAAUAUAGGUAUAUAGGUACUAUACAAAUGUAAGACUCACACCUGUUUCUCUGCCCAGUUUUGCCUUUGGCUCCACUUACCCCAGACAUAUGGGACACAGGUGGCGCUGUGGGUUAAACCACUGAGCCUAGGACUUGCCAAUCAGAAGGUUGGCGGUUCGAAUCCCCGCGACAGGGUGAGCUCCCAUUGCUUGGUCCCUGCUCCUGCCAACCUAGCAGUUUGAAAGCACAUCAAAGUGCAAGUAGAUAAAUAGGUACCGUUCCGACGGGAAGCUAAAUGGCAUUUCCGUGCGCUGCUCUGGUUCGCCAGAAGUGGCUUAGUCAUGCUGGCCACAUGACCCGGAAGCUGUACGCCGGCUCCCUUGGCCAGUAAAGCAAGAUGAGGGCCGCAACCCCAGAGUCGGCCACGACUGGACCUAAUGGUCAGGGGCCCCUUUACCUUUACCCCUGACAUGUAAUUCCCCCCAACUGGAAGGUUGGUUAUGCGCAUAGCUGUCAACUUACAGAUUUAAAAAUAAGGGACCAGCAGCCUCGAAAAUAAGGGAUCAGCAGCCAAAAUAAGGGAUUUUCCAGGCACAGGUAUGUUCAGCUUCUGAGCCCCUCUGAGCCAAAGGCAGAAAGCCCAGCCAGCAGCCAAACGAAACCUCAAGCAGUGGUUCCCACAGUGCAGCAACCCAGCAAAGGGGAUGCAGCAAGGAAAACCACCGUCACCUCUCCGCUGGGAAGCGCUGAGCAAAGGCGAGUCCCCAGGCAACACGGCCGAUUUGAUCGGCACAAGGCAUGCAAGCUCCACCCCCCAGUUGUUCUUAGACUCCUUAUUGGGUGAGCAACGCAGCCAAGCAACACAGUUGGAGCCUCCCUCGUCCCUGGCCGGCAGGCAGGGAGGGAGAGGAGCUGCUUCCUUUGAAACGCGGGAAAUUUAAGGGACAUCAUCAAUAAGGGACAGCAGCGGGACACGGCACUGGGAUAAGGGAGUUUCCCGCCAAAUAAGGGACGGUUGACAGCUAUGGUCAUGCGGGAAUGCAGUCCUUGGGCUGAGAAAAAUGUCCCAUAUCCCUGCUCUAGCAAAACAGUAAGGUCUGGAGGUUCCAUAAGGAACUACAGGACCGGGAUAAUAUGGGGUCAUGUCUGCUAGUCCCAGAUACUUCAUCAUUCCCACAUAGAUUUGGCCCUGAAAGACCGAGGGAAAGGUGGGCCCAUGGAGGAUAGAAGCAUCUGCUUGGCUUCCAGUUUCCCAGCUUUGUGGAAAGAAUUGGCUUGAGCCAACAUGAGAGACGCUUAACGCUCAUCUUAAAUUGGCAGUGUUUUUUGUUCGUUGGGUUUUUUAGCUCUUGUUUUUAAAGGAAAUUUAUGGAAAUACUUGGCUUUGUUUAGUGUGUAGGGGGGGAGCUCAGGUUGGCUGGGGUGUUUUGGGGUGCAGAUUUUAUUGUGUAGUUUCCAAAUUUUGCUUGUAUGCCUCAAACGUUUGCUGAGCCGCUGCCCCACCCCCGCUAUCCUAUUCCCAAAGGAGUAGGCAUUGUACUCAGCAUCCAGUAAGUGCUCUCUCUCUCCCUCCAAAGACUGUAAUCCUGGAGGAGGAAAAAAAAUAAUCAAAUAUUAAUCUGUGAUUGUGCCGCCUUAUUUUGUCAAUAGUUUCCACCCACCCUUGAUAAGGUCUAAAAUGUGUAUCACUUAGAAAGCUAUUAUUCUUCAGAUUGUGCGGUAGGGUUGGGAAAGACUGGAUGGUAAACAAAUCUCAAGUUCAUAUUUCUUUUGCCAUGUGCUCACAAGGUGACAUUAGGCAUGUUACCACUCCUUCAGCCUCAGUCCUACAUCUGCAGGGUUUUGUAAGUAUUGACGCUUUGGAUGGUCUAGGGAAGUUUUUAAUGGUUGAUGUUUUAAUGUAUUUUUAGCCUUCUGCUGGAAGCUGCCCAGAGUGGCUGGGGAAACCCAGCUAGAUGGGCAGGGUAGAAAUAAUAAAUUAUUAUUAUUAAAAUAUUAGAUAUCAUUAUUGGUCUGGACAAUUGUUUUUUCUCCUUAUGAGAUGCUCUUCUUGGUUUUAUUUCCUACCAGCUAAACAGCAUUUUGGUUAGUCAUUUUAGAUCUGGAAAUAGUUCAGGAGGACUUCAAUGUGCCAAAUAGCAUACAGGAUUGCAUCCUGAAACUUCGCUGUAAAUUAAAUUCAUUUGCUUGCCUGUUAAUCAGAAUUAACCACUUCCUUAGUGCCAUCAAAAUACCUACCUUUGGUAUGUGCUUUUGUCUAAGUUUUUUUUUUAAUUUUUGGUAAGUCUUGGUCUAUAUUUUGUCAGCUCUGUCCAGUCAUUGGUCUCCUGAUGCUCAGCAAAUGCAUGGAGGGAAAGCAGGGGCACAGAUGCUGUCCUUGCCACAAAUAUUCCCACUGGCUCUGUUAAGUUGUGGGUGAAGAUAUCAGACGACACAGCGAUUCUUCAAACAGCUCUUGUUUAUUCACAGGCCAGAACAGAACUGAACUGAAGGGUUCAGUCAGCCUGCUUAUAUAGAGCUCCAGUACAACGUAACUGUAACUGUAACAAUUUUCUAAAACUAUCCAAUCACUGAACGUCACUUUCGAUCCCUUAUUUGCAUAACUAUCUACAGUAUCCCCCUGCUGGCCCAGGGUGAGAACUUCAGUACAUAACAGGCUCCACUUCAGAUCUCUGCAUACUGAAUGUGAAGACCUGCAGGGGUAUUCUAAGCACUGAAGAUGUUCAGAAUCCCUCCUUAGACCUUUAUGCUGACCAUGCAAAGAUUGGGAGUGGAACAGGCAAGGCUGUGGCCUCUCCUGCUUUAUGUGAUCUUUAAAUACAAGUAGACCUAAUGGCAAAGUAGGUCUUUUUCUCAGAGCAACAGAAUUUAGUUUGACUUUCUUCUUCGUGGUGCACUAAAGGGCUCUAUUUUUGAAGCAACCCACAAUUCUAUGCUAGGUAAAAUGGUUGGACUGUUCUUCCCUCGGACUUCCGGGGUGGCGCCAUCGGCAAUGGCGGACUCCCUUUGAUAUGGAGGGACUAGCUCCACGCGAAACGGGUCUUUUCCGCUACGGCGAAGCGGGGACCCAUUCAAAAAUCACAGGCGGAUGAAGCCUGUGACCAUGGGACUCGGCGGGCACCUUUAGCGCCCCCCCAACCCGCAAAGGAACCCACUAAUGGGCUCCGGAGCGAAGAGGGGCAAGUGGCGCGGUGCUGAGAGUCAACUGCUUCUUCCGUGGAGCGAAGCCGCACAGCCGUUGCCGGAGAGCGCUGCCUUUUUCCUGGGACAAUUUGGCUUCUAAAAUAAUCACCCGUGAGUACUUAAAUUUCGGACAAUUGGACUUUAAAUAAGGACUUGCGAGCAGAAAGGAAAAUUGGACUUAAAAGUUUACCUCAAUUUGGCACUGAAACGGGAAGGUCUAAACAGGAAGUCAGCCUUCCGUUUCUUUGUAGAUAGAUUAAAGCAAAGACAUCACAAACUAGAGCUCAGAAAAUCGCUUGUAAAAGAUUAACUUUCAUCAUUUAAAAUUGUUGAACCCCCUUCGGAAGCAGGAGAAGAGGGGGGAUUUUUUCGGACUGUUUAAACCUGCAGAAGUGAGUGUAAAGUAAAGUAACUUUCCACUGUCCUGAUCCUGGAGCGGGGUGUCAGGACUGACGUUUUUUGAAGCUCAUUGACCAGAGACAAACAUUUUUGACAGAUAGCUAUAAGAAGAGAAACAUUGAUUCCAUUGUUCCCCUUCGCAUUUUAAAGGAACAAAUAUUGACAAAAUAUCUGAAAAAGGAAACUUUGUUGUUAGACUUGUCUUUAAAAGAAAGAACAAAUAGAAGUUUUCCCCUAGAGGAGACUGUGAAACUGUAACCAACUCCGGGAGCUUGCAGCUGUUACAGAUUACAAUCGUGGGAAUAGACUCUGACCUUGCAGGACAAUGUAUUCAGAAGCUCUGUUGUGUGCUUUCUGUAAAACAAAUGCCCUACUGGAACAGCUACAUGAGAAGACGGACUUGAUGACUGAUGCGAUCAGAAUUUUUGAACAGGCAGUGGGAAACUAUAUGGAGCCCACCCAGGAAUUAAAUCAGGAGUGUGCCCUGACAGAACAGAUGAGGGAAGAGGAUGUUGCUGAAUCUUGGGCGCCAGAGAUGGAACGAGCUGUGGCCCAGCAGGAACAUGAGCUUUUGGAUUUGACAAAUGAACUUGGAAAAAGCCAGAUUUGGAAAGAUAAAGUUUGGUUUGGUUUGGAAAUGGGGGGGUUGGAUAGACCCCCCUAUGCAGGGAUGUUUGGACUUUUCAAGUCUGGCAAUGGGCCGUGAGAUGUUUGGGGUUGUGGGGGCUCUUAAUUUUGGAGGGAUUUUGAAACAUGUUCUUAAAUACCACAUGGAGUUUAGUGUGGACUAUGGAAAAGGGGCUGAUUUGUCGAGAAGGGUCAAAAACAUUGUUAAGCUGGAGUUCCCACGAGUGAAAGGAGCAGGAGACAAAGGAAAAUACAGCUAUAAAUAUGAAGAAGAGCCGCGGAAGGGACAUGGAAGGGACUUAAGGGCCUCGGAUACAAGGUUACCAGGUUAAUGCGCUAGAUCGAUGGGAUAAUAAGGACUGACAAAACCCGGGACCAGGAGGAAGGGAUGCUGGAUGAAGAUUGGAUUGUUUUUAUUUCUUUUUUUUUACUACUAGGAUUGUUUUAUAAAAUUGAUGAAUGUUAGAAAAAUGUUGGAACGAAAUUACUUGGCUUUAGCAAAAAUGUUUAAAUAAUUAUGUAAGAAUAUUAUGGUUAUGAGAAGUUGGUAAAAAUAAGAUUUAAGUUUUAAGCUUUAAGGUUCUUUAUAGUAAGAUAAGAUUAAAAUAGAUUAAGGUAAUGUAAUGACAGAAUAUUAUGAAAUAUGGAAAGGAUUUGCUGCGAUAAUUAAUAACUAGGAUACAAAAAAAGGGAGGAGGAGGAGGUCAAAGAAAGAAGGUAAUGACAGUUGAGGAUUUGAGAAUGAUGGAUUUUUUUUGAGUGUUUGUGGUGUAUUUUUGUUUUUUGAAUUUGUAUUGUUUGAUGUGGUUUGUUUUUUCUUUGUUUUUUCUUUCUCUUUUUCUGCUUUGUUCUCUUUUGCAAUUCUAAAAAAAUUUCAAUAAAUAUCAUUUAAGAAAAAAAAAAGGACUGUUCUUCCCUAGAGCACUUUAGUGUUGCUGGAACAUGCCUAUCCCAUAAUUUGACCAGGAUGCUCUCCUCGUCUCCACCAGGAGCUGUGAAUUGAGUAUUGUGGGCCAAGGUAAGGUUAAACAGGUGCCCUCACUACUACUGAAGGCUUAAAAAAAAUUUCCAGCAGGCAUUCUGAUUUUAAUAGUUUUACAAAUAAUUUUUUAUUAGUUUUUACACAUAUUUUCCUGCAUAACAUCCUUUUAAACAUCAUUUUGAAUUUUUUGGCUAUCACAGCCUGAGACUUCCUUCAACCUCUACUGAUGGUUUUCUAAAGUCUUUCUAAUUAUGCAUUUUGUUACUAUAGUUAUUGCCAUAAACUCAAAUUUGCAAUACAUCUAUUCUUAAUUCUCUUCACAAUAAUUUAUAAAUUACUCCUUACAAAACUUCUUUAAAACCCUACAAACGAUGUCAAUUGAUUACAAUUGCUUUCCAGAUAUGUCAAAAACUUCUUCCAUGCCUUUAGGAAAGUCUGGUCCUGCUGGUUCCGAAUUUUCCCUGUUUUUAAUAGUUUUAACUCAUUUUUUGUUUUCAUUGCAUCGAGCUUCUUGUGUACCACUUAGCAGUGUUAGAAACUCAGAUAUAUCAGCUAGGUGACAAAUGGGUCCUUAAACCAGGGUUAAAGUCACCAAAACGGAAUGUCUAGUUGCCAUUUUGGGGCAAGACGGCUCUAAAGUUUUAUUUUCCAAAUGAUGGACUGACUGAUUAUCAGACAGUAUAUAUGUGGACUGUCACUGGAUAAAGGGACUUUUCUUCUUUAAGUUCUCCAAGUUCUUAACUUAGCUCAAGGUUGUCACUUAAGCUAGAUGUUUAGGUGACAACUUUCAGCUAAGUUAAGAACUUGGAGAACUUAAAGAAGAAAAGUCACUUUAUCCAGUAACAGUCCACAUAUAUACUGUCUGAUUCCUGCCUCUUUUUCUUAAUUCUUCUUCCACUGUGGUCUAUGAUUAAAUGAUUUUUGCAGGUUUUUGUGGUGCUUCAAAUACAUAUAUCGGGGGGGUAAUUAUGACUCUAGCAUACUACCUUGAACUCUUGUUGUCGUAAAGGUAAAGGGACCCCUGACCAUUAGGUCCAGUCGUGACCGACUCUGGGGUUGCGGCACUCAUCUUGCUUUAUUGGCCGAGGGAGCCUGCGUACAGCUUAGUCAUGUGGCCAGCAUGACUAAGCCGCUUCUGGUGAACCAGAGCAGCACACGAAAAUGCCGUUGACCUUCCCGCCAGAGUGGUACCUAUUUAUCUACUUGCACUUUGAUGUGCUUUUGAACUGCUAGGUUGGCAGGAGCAGGGACCGAGCAAUGGGCGCUCACCCCGUCACGGGGAUUCAAACCGCCGACCUUCUGAUCGGCAAGCUCUAGGCUCUGUGGUUUAACCCACAGCGCCACCCACGUCCCUUGUUGUCUUACCCACCGACAAAAUGUCACAUGUAAGCUGUUUUUAAAAAAAUCGAAUUUAAAGUUACAGAUAGAAAGAUAGAUACUGCACAUAUUAACAAUUCUGUCUCCAGCCUUAGCUCUAAUGUUAAAAAAUGCUGUUACUGUUAAUAGCUAUUCCCUGGGGCAGGGGGCAGAUGUUGAGAGAGUGGAGGGACAAGAAUAUUGCAAAGUUCCUCAGGGGUCAUUCCACAUCAAAUCAAGGCAAAAAACAAGGGGUUUGUCACCCGCCAUCCUGAAGGACCCAUCUCCCCUCCAUUGACUCCUGGCCCGUAGAGCCCCUAGACAGUGGAAUUUGCUGAGACGGAAACCCAUAAAACUGCAAAGAAGUCUCCUUCUCAUCCCAAGGCUGGGGUCACAUGUAUCACAUUGCAGCAGAGGUGGGGGCCCUAUUGCAAGCCGAGGGCCACAUUCUCUCUCGACCACUGGGGGAACAUGCCAAUGGGAAGGUAGCCAAGACACAAGUAAGACAUGGUUAAAGUAAAGGCACCCCUGACCAUUAGGUCCAGUCGUGGCCGACUCUGGGGUUGCGGCGCUCAUCUCGCUUUAUUGGCCGAGGGAGCCGGCGUACAGCGUCCGGGUCAUGUGGCCAGCAUGACUAAGCCACUUCUGGCGAACCAGAGCAGUGCAUGGAAACGCCGUUUACCUUCCCACUGGAGUGGUACCUAUUUAUCUACUUGCACUUUGACGUGCUUUUGAACUGCUAGGUUGGCAGGAGCAGGAACCGAGCAACGGGAGCUCACCCCAUCACGGGGAUUCGAACCGCCGACCUUCUGAUCAGCAAGCCCAAGAGGCUCUGUGGUUUAACCCACAGCCCCACCCACGUCCCAUAAGACAUGGUUACCCACCCACAAACCAUGUGCACCCACACAUGUGCACAAACGUGCCAUCUCUCCCCACCCAGCAAUUCGGGUUGAAAAACAUAUUUCACAUUUUGAAGCCUAUUUGCUCAUGUGGUGGCAUGUGAUCUUCCUGGAGCUUGCAGCUGGGGAAGGAGGGUUAUUCCUUCCCCCUCCAGCUGCACUUUCCAGGAAGAACAUUCCACCCACCCCCACAAUUAGGCGUGAACAAAUUAGACUCCGGGAACCAGCAGAUGACUUUUUCCCCCAAGCCUAAUUGCAGUGUGAGGGCAGUUUCGGGGUGUGUGCACGCAGCGAAGCGGGAGGGGAAGGCGAACAUUUGCUUCUUCAUCUUGAGGAGUGGAUCAUAGACCUGGAGAGCUGGAGGAAUCUCAGCUAAAGCAUCCAUGAAAGAUGACCAUCCAACCUCUGCUUAAAAACCUCCAAGCAAGGUCCACAAUCUCUCGAGGGAGUCUGUUGCAAUGGCAAACAGCUCUUCCUCUCAGAAAGUUCUUCCUGAUGUUUAGUCAGAAUCUCCUUUCUUGCAACUUGAAUCCAUUGAUUUGGGUCCUAGCCUCCGGAGCAGGAGAAAACAAACUUGGUCCAUCUUCUUGCUGUGAGCUAGAUGGGAAGAUGUCAUGGGCCACAUGCAGCCUGUGGACCAAUGGUUUCUCUGCAUUUCAAUAAGCAUGACAUGACUGCAUCUGCGGCUUGUACGUGUGGCAAAUGUAUUUUGGUAGAAGGUAAUUGGGGGACGCGGGUGGCGCUGUGGGUAAAACCUCAGCGCCUAGGACUUGCUGAUCAUAUGGUCGGCAGUUCGAAUCCCCGCGGCGGGGUGAGCUCCCAUCGUUCGGUCCCAGCUCCUGCCCACCUAGCAGUUCGAAAGCACCCUUAAGUGCAAGUAGAUAAAUAGGUACCGCUUUAUAGCGGGAAGGUAAACGGCGUUUCUGUGUGCUGCGCUGGUGCAGGCUUGCCAGAGCAGCUUCGUCAUGCUGGCCACGUGACCUGGAAGUGUCUCCGGACAGCGCUGGCCCCUGGCCUCUUAAGCGAGAUGGGCACACAACCCUAGAGUCGGACACGACUGGCCCAUAUGGGCAGGGGUACCUUUACCUUUACCUUUAUUACUAAAAAUGCUCUCUUUUUUUGCAACUCUUAAUUAUUUCAGCAUUUGUUAUUAGAUUUCCACCCACUAUCACUGCUGAAAUAAAUGAGCAUUUGUUUAAUCAACAGUGGUCUUGUUACUUCAUGUAGCUUACUAGUUAUCCUAAACAGUUUAUUUCCUACAUUGGUGUUUACUAUUUUGCAACAGUUCUCCUCUCUGGUUAUCCUCGUUUUUGGUUCCAAGUUAUUCAGUAACCAUCUAAUUUUUCCUUAUAAGCCUUUCCCUCCUGGUUUCUCUUCUAGGAAAUGCCUGCAAUUUACAUUUAUAAAAGUCAAUAUUUAAGCAUUGCACUUACAAUAUCCCAUCUUUAUUGUGCAUCAGCAAUGGUCUAUUGAGCACAUUGGAAGUUGUUCUGUGCAAGAUUUGUUGAAAUGAACAGCAGCUGCACAAGAGGCCCGAUUCAGCAGUAUAUAUUUCUAGAAUGUUUAAAUUGUGUUGCUUUUGAUUUUAUGUCACUUGAAUAUUGCUUAAUUGAUAUAAUGAUAGGCUACUUUGAGAGAUUCCUAAGAAGCAGGGACAAAAUGUUGUUAGGUAAAUAUGCAAUGUUGGAGAACUUUGUGAGGGAUCAAGUCUAUUACAACAACAACAACAAUCUUUAUUAUGGUCCAGAGACCCAACAGAUCUAUUAAGAUCCUUUGAACAGUAAAUAGAUUUGCAACUUUCAGUUCUGAUGGCACCUGUGCAUUUAUCAUAACGUACAGUUUGAGCCAGAGGUUUUUUUUCCUCCAAACCAUUUUCAUAUUAGAAACUCAUUUCUAGUAUUCAUUUCCCAGAAUCAUAUCCAGGACAACUAUUCCCCACUACAUAUUUUUUUUUAUUUUUUUUUGCCAUACCGCCAUACAGAUUUUGCCUGGUUGUGUUUUAUAUUAUUUUCUCUCAUAUGUAUUUGUUUGGAUUUUUUUCCAGCCUAGAAUGUUUGAUUUUCAGCCAUAUUUUUUUAACCUUCCCUGAUCCGUUUGUCUUGCUGUUCUUCUGGUUAUUGCCCUAUUGUUUACGACGUGUCCCAGAUUAAUGCAGUCUGUAAAUUUUAGCUAUGUUCCAUUGACCCUCGUCACAUUGAAAUAAUUCAGCAUCUUGUUAAAACAAAUACCAGUGGAACUUCUGAUACUUGUGGUGUACCCCCAACCACUCUCCCUGUCUUGGGACGUUAUUGUUUUUCAUUACUGCGAAUGCUUUAGUGCUGCCCAUCAUUUGAGUGUUGAGUGGGUGGGUGGGUGCAUUGCAGCAUUAGAGAACUUGUGUCUGGGGUUGCAUUUGUCUGAAAGCUGCAUUUUAUUACUUUAACAGCUUCCAUGCACCCACAUUGCCUCCUCUUCCCUCCAGACAAACCCUGUUGUAAACUGAGAUCAUUUUUUCUUGCCUUUGGGUAUGGUCAUGUCAUUUUCCCUUUUUGAAAAUAAUAUUUAUUACUUUUCCAACAAUUUAAACACUACAAAAAAAGAAGAACAAUACAAUACAAUACAAAAACACUACAUAACACAUUCAACUAAGAAAACAAAACAAAACAAAAACAGUUUAAAACACAUCAAACAAUUUCAAUAUCUUAUCUUUCAUUGACUUAUUUCAGUGACCUCCUCACACCUCCCUUUUUGUAUUCCACUUCUGUUAAUUGUUUCAGCAAUUCCUUUCCAUCUUCCUCUGCUUUCUAUCCUUUAAUUAUCUUAACAGAUUCUUACCUUAUUUUUCCCUUUAAUACUCUAUUAAUCUAUUUAUACUUAGUCAUUUUCCCUUUUUGAAUUCCUCCACCAGCUCCCAGUUCCCCUCUACUGCCUCAGACCUCAUGCCACAAGCUUGUAAUCUGCUUAGCGCAGAUGUUAACACCUCUGUAUCUUUGUAAGCCUUUAGAAAUGGCUGUCCCCUUCGUUGCUCUGUUGCCCAUGUGUGCAAUGGGUCUGCUUAAAUAACUGUUCUAUAAAAUGUCCUCUUUCAGUUUGGGAAAGUAUGUUUUGAGAGGUGGUGUAUAAGUAAAUAACUUAUAUUUAUUUUAUUAAUUUGUUCAAACUUAGUACUUUGCCAUCAUGGCCUAGUGGGCUUUGAGUAGAUUUCUUGCCUAGAAAGGUGGUGUGUGUGUGUGUGUGUGUGUGUGUGUGUGUGUGUGUAUACACGUACGGUGGCUCACAACACUUCAUCUCUAUAUAGCAUUAUCAAGAGACUCAAGAUAGGAUGCAACUGUAAUUGUACUGCAGACAUUGCAUUGCAGAGGGUUGGACUAGAUGGCCCUGGAGGUCCCUUUCAACUCUACAGUUCUGUGAUUCUGUAAUUCUAUGAACAGGGUAACUUUUUGGAUAACACUAAAUAGCUGGAUCCACUUCAGUCUGGGUUCAGGAUUGGUUUCAGGACUAAAUCAGCCUUGGUGGCUCUGGUGAGUGUCCUUCAUUCAGAGAGGGAUGAGGAAUUGUGACCUAUUAACUCUUUCUGAUUCUCUCAAUGGCCUUUGACCAUGGAAUAGUAAUAAUAAUAAUUUUUUAUUUAUACCCCGCCCUUCACGGUUUAAAAACCGGGCUCAGGGUGGCUAACAGCAAAUAUAAAACAUUGAUUAAAAUGCGACUUAAAAACAGCAUAAAACAGCAUAAAAUACAACAUAAAAUGCAGCAUCAAUAUGAAUAAAAUUCAAAAAUUCAGAGGCCAUUUUUUUUUUGGGGGGGGGGGACCAAAACCCAGUCUGUAGACAUCAAAUGAUCACCAGGGCUAACUGGCCAAGUUGGUCCUACUAGGGCUAUCAAGGAGACCCAGAAAGGGUUUCUUCAUAGAAAAGGGAAGGGAAAAGGGGAAAGAGGAUCAGGCUAAUUCAAAUUGAUGGCCAGAUGGAAUAGCUCUGUCUUACAGGCCCUGCGGAAGGGGAUCAAGUCCUACAGGGCCCUAGUCUCGUGGGACAGUGCAUUCCACCAGGUUGGAGCCAUCACUGAAAAAGCCCUGGCCCUGGUGGAGGAUAGUCUGGCUUCCUUAGGGCCCGGGACCUUUAAGCUAUUAUUAUUCAUGGACCUUAGGGUCCUCUGCGGGACAUACCAGGAGAGGCGGUCCCGUAAGUACGAGGGUCCUAGGUGUUCUACUGGAUUGCCUGGGUGAAGGCUCAACAUUCUGGUGGUUCUGUUCUUACAAUUGAAUCUAGACAAGAGGACUAGUGGAGUGUUGUGUUCCCCAUGGCAUUUGUGCCAUGAUGUUCCACAAGCACCAUUUCAUCCCCAAUGUCAUAAAGCCCAUUGGGAGUGGUCCUUAGGAGUUUUCUAGGCUUAGGAGUCUGUUUCUCCAUAACAUCUGAACCAGGAGUGGUUGCAAGCCAUGGACCAGUGCCUCACUGCUGUGGCAAAACCUUAUGCACCAUAUUGAUCACCACGAUUAUCUGGAAGGGUGCUGCCAGCUGUUCCCCAUGUCACAGCAGCCCAACUGGCCUCAACUGGAAGCCAGGCAGUUAGCAUUGAUGGUCCCAUGUUGUGGAGCACUCUUCCAGCAGAAGUUUGGCAGGCUACUGACUUUCACAUGUCUCUUGAAGACCUCUUAUGUUGAUGGGACUAUGCAGCUCUUGAAAGAUUAUUUUUGUUCUGUUUCGUUGGUGCUGUGUGUUUUUUUUCUUUAUGUGCUGUGAAUGUGAUAUUUUACGUAAGUUAGUAGUAUGAAAAUACUUCUGUUAAUAAUAAAAUUAACAAGUCUUUCCUAGAGUUGGAAGGGACCCUGAGAAUCCUCUAGUGCAAUGCAGGAAUAUGCAGCUAUCCCAGAUGGGGAUGGAACCUGCAACCUUGGUGUUAGUAGCACCAUGUUCUAACCACCUGAACUAUCCAGGCUGAGCUUAGUUGAUUGCAUUCCUGCAAGCGUAGGGAAGCCCAUGGUCCCCCAGACAUUGCUGGAAAACAGCCUCCUUCCCCCCUGACUGUGGCUGAUAGUACAGUAGUUACAGCCCAGCAGCUGGAGGGCUUUAAUGUCUUCCUCACUUGUAAGCCACACUCGUGUGCAAUAUUCAACCUGCUAUGUUGUUUUCGCUUUUUAAAAGCUGGUGUAGGACUGUUUACUUUGGUGCUAUUUUUGCGCAGGUGAUUGCAGUGUGAACAAUAUGCCACGGUUACCUUUGAACAUGGGAGUGGUGGUGGUAGCUGGAUGGACCUGUUUGGUGCUGUUCCUUUUUGCCUUUAGGGCGAGAUGCAGCUCUGGGAAGCAGGUGACUCUCGCCCCCCCCCAUUUCUCAGCCGGCCGUUUAAAUGGUCAGCCCUAAUUUCAAAACAGUCUUCCUUAUUUCUGAUACUUGCAUGUAAGCACUAAGGCGAGCAACUGCAAGGACUUAAAAAAUGUGUGACAUGUGUAUAGCCAUGCAGAACUUUGGAGAAGGCUCAGGCGGGACUCUCAGAUAUCAAGCUGUGCCAUGGAGACACCGGGAGACGGUUUGUGUGUUUGGAGGACCCAGAAGAACAGAGUUCAAGAGCAAGCUCCAGAUCUCAGUAUCUCAUGCCACUGCAAUAUAAGGGGGAAGGGAGAGGCUGUUCCUGGAAGAGGCUGUAGUGACACCAACUUCACAAUGCCCUGUGGAGGGAACCACCUGCACAGGUGUCCAUGGUCACCCGUGUUUAUACGAGGGAAGGAGAGAAGGUGUGGAACCACAUCACCCUUCUUCAGCGCUUAUGGUCACCAUUGCCGCAUGACAUGGAAUCAUGCAGUGACUAGGAGGGAUGCAACACAAUGCUAAUUGCCAAAUGGGCAUGAGGGACAAUUUCAUUUAAAACAAAUAGAGGUGCAGUGAUGGAAGAGUUGGAAAGGACCCCUUGGCCAUCUAGUCUAACCCCCAGCAAUGAAAUCUCAACUGAAGUUAUUAUUCACUUCUAUGUCACAAAGUAAAAUGCUUCACUUGGGGACACUGUUGAGGUAAGGGCCAAGUUUUCCCUGACGACAAUUUUUCCCAGCUUGAGGGCUGUCAUACUCUCAAGAUAUCCUCGAAAUGUACAAAGUGGCCGCCGAGGCCAUAUAACACCAGUUCUGAAAGACCUACAUUGGCUCCCAAUACAUUUCCGAGCACAAUUCAAAGUGUUGGUGCUGACCUUUAAAGCCCCAAACAGCCUCGGUCCAGUAUACCUGAAGGAGGGUCUUCACCCCCAUCGUCCAGCCCAAACACUGAGGUCCAGCUCCGAGGGCCUUCUGGCGGUUCCCUCCCUCCAAGAAGUGAGGUUACAGGGAACCAGGCAGAGGGCCUUCUCGGUGGUGGCCCUGUGGAACACCCUCCCAUCAGAUGUCAAGGAAAUAUCUGACUUUUAGAAGACAUCUGAGGGCAGCCCUGUUUAGGGAAGUUUUUAAUGCUUUAUUGUUAUUAAUCUGUUGGGAGCUGACCAGAGUGGUUGGGGAAACCCAGCCAUAUGGGCGGGGUAUAAAUAAUACAUUAUUAUUAUUAUUAUGCACAGGUCCUCCCUACAGAGAAACCUGGCCUGUCGUAAUGAGGGGAAUUUAAAGAGCUCAAAACAGAGUCGUAAGAUCUAGCAGUCAGCUUUGUGUCCCUGAAGUCCUCUGGAAUUUAAAAAAACGACUCUACUCUAUUCCAUGCAAACAGGCAUGGUGAGACUUAGGCAGUGAGUCCCACAGAGUGGAUGCUACCAGUUGGAAAAUCCCUGCUUCUUGGGAGGGCAGCAGGCUCUGCGCUGAACCUUGUUUGAUGCAGUGGGGACUGAAAACAUUUUACUGCCUGCAGCAUAACAUGCAUUAUGCCCUCCUUAGUAAAAAUAUAAGAAUAAACCAAAUAGUUUGCAUUUUGCUUCUCUUUAAUUCUAUCACAAUAUCCUCUGCUCUGGGUGAGUGGCCUUUCUUUGCCUAACUAUAGCGCUGGCUCUGGUUUGAUGAAGGGAAGUUGUCUCUAAGGUAUUCUCCACCCGGACUAAAUGCUAACUGCUACCACUGAAUGAUCAGUAUUUUGUGUGUUUUGAUUAUUUAAAAUUAUAUAUAACUUGUCUGAUGUCAAAUUGAGCUCAAGAAUUUAUUUAAAACAGUAAUUUCCUUCUCAACAAUAAAUAAACAACAGAAAACAAACAGCAACAAUAUUAAAGCAAGGAGGAGCUGACUGCCAUUUUAUUGCAUUGCAGACUUAACAAUUCACAAAUCCCUAAGGAACAUGACCAGGUCUUACCUGGUGUUGAAAAGGAGUCAAGGUUGGCGUCAGAUAAAUAUUUUAGGGGAGGGUAUUUAGAAUCCAGGGCACCACCAUAGAAAUGGGUGUUUUUUUAUCUAUAUAUCCCAGGGUUCUGUGCAAAUAAUUUUUUAUUCACAUUAAUAGUUUGUCCUUGGAUAGUGAAUGCUGAAUUGGAGUGUAAUUUUUUUGGGGGGGGGGGGAGACAAUCAUUUUUCCCCUCCUUUUCACAUCCAGAAUACUCAGCAUAUGUGGGACUGUACAUGCAAAUUGUAGGGGCUGCCUUACAGAAGUCUGUGAAGACGGGGAUUCCCUCCGAACUGUUGUUAUCCGGAGCUGGGGAACGGUCACUUCAUUGUGUCUGAUAAAAUACUGUGAAUGGGGAAUGGGUCUUGGAAUGUUUGGGGGCAGAGCGGAUGCCAUGGGAAUGUGUAUCCAAUUAUGUUCUAUGGACUGCGCUGUGGUCUGGAAUAGGGGUCCUUUCUUGUGAUACAAAACAUCUGGCAUCCAUAAAGUGCUUUCUUUUCCUUUGUCACACAUGCACAUGCAGUCAUGCUUCUCAGUACUAUGGUGCAAAAUAAUCGGUCGGGAGUUUCUGUGAGAAAUGGAUUUGGGAGAUGGGGAGGGGGAGGGGGAGGGGGGACGCCCCUUCGGCAGCAAGGAGCUAAGUUACCAAGGAUUUCCGAGAACUGGAAAGGAGAUGGGUUUCUGCUGGAGUUUAAUAUGAGCAUACUUUAGAGCGUCUAUGGAUAAGCAGCUGAGUAGAGUGACUGGAUGAAGGACAGAGGAGAAAUGCUCUUAGAACAGGGGUCAGCAGGGGGCCGGUCCACUGUCCCACAGACAUUGUGGGGGGCCGGACUAUUUUUUUUAAAAAAAUGAACGAAUUCCUAUGCCCCACAAAUAACCCAGAGAUGCAUUUUAAAUAAAAGGACACAUUCUACUCAUGUAAAAACACACUGAUUCCCGGAUGGUCCACAGGCCGGAUUUAGAAGGCGAUUGGGUCACAUCCGGCUCCCGGGCCUUAGUUUGCCUACCCAUGUCUUAGAGGAAAGAGAGCAACGCAGGAAACUGGUUUGUCCUUUUCCACACUGUUUCAUUGAGCAAAAAAUUCAACUGUUACAGCUCCCUGAUGUUUUUGCAUGGCUAUGACACUAGCAUCCUUGAGUUGCUCUUCACGGACAGCAACAGUAAGUGGACAUUUAUCCCCAUAGUCCCUGCCCCCUUUUCUUGCAUUUAUAUUUCAAUUUUCUCUGUCAUGGCUGAAUCCAAGGUAACGUGCACAUGGUUCCUGGGCAAUCAUCCAUCUAGAGUUCAGACCAUGCCCUCACAGUGUUCAAAACUCCCAUUGUUCUAGGCGCAUUUUGCAACAGGGAUUUUCAUUAAGUUGAACAGUUUCUGUGCUCUGGGUGCUGUACUGUGCCUAAGAUUUCAGAUUAAAACUGCAGAGUGGAAGGAAAGAAGGACCUUUUUUCUGCCUCCCCACUUCCAGCUACUGUAGUCUCUGAAGACUGGAGAAGAGACCCCCUUAAGAAUAUUAGUGGGGUGGACAGGGGAAGGACUAGACCAUGUGAAAAAUGAACAUAACAUUUUAGCUGCAGUUCAUUCCUUUUCAGCUUUGUAUUCUUGUCAUAAAGAAGCACGCCUAGACAUUCAGUUGUUGUGCCCCUAACUUAGGUUUUAAGGUGCCAUUUAGCUCCUGGCUUUUCUAUUUCAGUUUCUAACGUUGUACCCUCAGAUCCCCUAGGAGAAAUGUACUCUGUCCAAGUGUGCAAUCUGCUAAACUAUCCCCACCAUCUGCAUCGGGAGAAUUAAGAUUGGCAAACUCUGGACUGCUCUGUGUUUUUAUUAAUUUAAAGGAUUUCUACUCUGUUCUUUAGAGUGGCUUGCAGAAACCAGUAGUGCAGCAGUCCCGGUCGCCAGACUUAAUGGCCUAAAAAAAUGACAUAUCAAAGAGAUGGGAAGAAAGGAGUUGGGGAGGGAAUCUCAGGCAACAGUUCUUAAAAGUUACCAUUCUUGCGAUGAAGAAGAGUUUGGAUUUGAUAUCCCGCCUUUCACUCCCUUUAAGGAGUCUCAAAGCGGCUAACAUUCUCCUUUUCCUUCCUCCCCCACAACAAACACUCUGUGAGUGGGGCUGAGACACUUCAGAGAAGUGUGACUGGCCCAAGGUCACCCAGCAGCUGCAUGUGGAGGAGCGGAGACGCGAACCCGGUUCCCCAGAUUACAAGACUACCGCUUUUAACCACUACACCACGCUGGCUCUCAAUGCAUCUGAAUACAGGCAACACCCCGUUUGUGUGCGACCGCUGACGUGUGCAUUAUGUUCAACACCGGAAGGGGGCAGGGCAGAACAGAAUGGGGCAGGCUUAUGCGUCUCCUGCUGGCGCACGUGGUGCCUUGAAACUUAACCCCCGUGUAACUGGGGACUAGCCUGUAGUUAUGUCUAGUUAUGGCUUGGAGAGUGGGCCCUCCUCUGGAGAGCCGCCAUCGUCCCUGAUCAGAUCUGGGAGCAGAGCAGGUGACAACAUUCAGCCCAAGUUGUUGUUGUUAUUUAGUCAUUUAGUCGUGUCUGACUCUUCGUGACCCCCUGGACCAGAGCACACCAGGCACUCCUGUCUUCCACUGCCGCCCGCAGUUUGGUCAAACUCAUGCUGGUAGCUUCGAGAACACUGUCCAACCAUCUUGUCCUCUGUCGUCUCCUUCUCCUUGUGCCCUCCAUCUUUCCCAGCAUCAGGGUCUUUUCCAGGGAGUCUUCUCUUCUCAUGAGGUGGCCAAAGUAUUGGAGCCUCAGCUUCACGAUCUGUCCUUCCAGUGAGCAUUCAGGGCUGAUUUCCUUAAGAAUGGAGAGGUUUGAUCUUCUUGCAGUCCAUGGGACUCUCAAGAGUCUCCUCCAUCACCAUAAUUCAAAAGCAUCAAUUCUUCGGCGAUCAGCCUUCUUUAUGGUCCAGCUUUCACUUCCAUACAUCACUAGUGGGAAUACCAUAGCUUUAACUAUACGGACCUUUGUUGGCAAGGUGAUGUCUCUACUUUUUAAGAUGUUGUCUAGGUUUGGCAUUGCUUUUCUCCCAAGAAGCAGGCGUCUUUUAAUUUCGUGGCUGCUGUCAGGCCAAGAAGGCAGGGCAAAUCCUGCCACACCGUUCUUCCUGCAGGCAGCCGAUGGAUCAUUUUUUUUCUGCCCCUCAUACGGCAUUUAUCUAUAGCUGAAACUUGUAGGCAGUGUACUUAGGGUUCUGCUGUAGUGGGUGGAAUUAGAGAAAUCUGAAGAAGGAACUCUUCUUCCAUUUUGUUCUGAACAUGGUCUUGAGCAUCAGAAGUGGUAAGCAAGGAGCACAUUUAGCCCAAGGCUGUGCCAAAGCUUUCUUUCCAAUCUUUUCCAGUAGUUCAGUGGGGUGGGGGCAAAUAGAAGUGCCCUGGAAAGAGGCCAGUGGGGUGAGGGGAGAACUUCGAAGGCUUUUUUGUGGGGUGGGGGCAAUGCUGGCAUUCUUAAGUUUUAUGAGGUGGCAGAGUGCUCUUUUUCUUCCUUUUUACAAUGCUGAGAAACUCCCCAGACACGUUCCCUGUGGCACAAAGCAUCACCUCCCGGCUGUACUUCUGUAAUGACCGUGUGACUACAUGACGUUGCCUGGCCAUAUAGUCAUUACAGAAAGUGUAGAAAAUGCCGCCAGCAGGUAAUCUUUUGUGAGAAAAGCCCUGAACCACAGAGAGGUCGUGCAGUGAGUUUUCAAAAAGGGAAACAUACAGUUCUUCCAUCUGUAUUUAAGAAUAAAAGUACAACCUGCUUCUCCCUCCUGCAGUUUCACCAAAUUUUCUGUGGUCCCCUUGAAAGUGUGGAGAGCAAAGGUUUAUUUUGAAAGCUGGGGAUGGGGAUCUGCACUGCGUUAGUAUGGGGGCUGUAAUUCCGCUGAAUUAUCGGGGGGAGGAGAUAAUUUGGCUUCUGAAAACUCAGCAUUGUCAUGAAAAAAUAAGCCAGAAACUUUCUUGCAUCUGUAGUUUUUUAAAAAAUUAUGUUUGUUAAAAUCUCAGAAGCUAGAGGACUUGCUAAGUAAGAUUUCUGUUUCCAGAUUUCAGUGUCCCACCUCUUUCCAUGAGCAGCAAAACCAGAACAAAAUAUGCAAAAAGUAAGGUGUUUUUCUAAAAAAAAGCAUGCAUAUAAAUGUGCAUUAAUUCAUAUAAUCCAACUUUUCCUGCUGCAAGGUUGUUGCUCUUUUCUGUUUCUUUUAUUGCUUUUUUAUUUGGAUACAGCAUGCCCAUACUAUUGGUUACUUUUGAGCGCUCAAUAAAAGGCAGAUUUUAUUUCUAUCUAUAGCAAUAAGCCCUUGAGUGUUACAGAAUUAAUCUUAUUGGUGAUGCCCUCAUAUUAGUGGCAAGUAAGCCCUGCUUAUUUUAAGCGCUUCCCACCAGUGUCGCUUACCCCGGGCGCGGUGAAAACACUUGAUCCCACAUGCAGUAGCAGCUGUUGUUAAUAUGCCUGUGUAGUUUUUGACUUUAUAUACUGCCUAAAACUGGAACUUCUGUAUAUCAGCACUGUUAAUAUUCCUAUUAAAAAAUGGAAUGCAAGUUCCAAUUGUUUUAUCUUGUGCUACACUAACAAACAUAGUUAUGCUAUGAUUAUUUCCCCAAAGAAUACCAGCACAGUUGGCUGCGUGUGUGCUUAAGUCCACUGAAAUUACUAAGGCACACAGAACAGUCCUUAAUAUUAUUAAAGCCUAGUUCUGAGGGUGUAAGCCUGUGUGUUGGAGCUACAUCGGUUCAGAUGGCAGGUGGAGGCUGACAUGUCUGCAUCUCAGGUAGGGGAUGAGAAAGAGCAUGGAUAUCGGUCCAUGUACUCCUUCUCCUGCAUGGACAGAUGGCUUCAGAGACCAAUUGCAAUGGGCAUGGUAUAUUGGAGCCACGUUCUGCUCCAAGAGGGGACUUAGUGCUCUUGCAAUUCACAUUUAUUACUUCUUAAUUGCUGUGUUCUUCUGAAAAGAGAGAACCCUCUUAGGCUAUUGGGGUACCGUAUUUUCCCAUGCAUAAGACGAUAUUUUUUCCUUAGAAAUAAAAGGCAAAAAUUCUGGCUCGUCUUAUACAUGGAUAGCAGAGGGGGGACGGGCGAUUGGUGGCAGCAGCCAGCAAGAGAUAGUCAGCGGCGAAGCAUGCAACUUCCAUCGGCAUGCUGGUGAUUGGCGGGGGUGAUCCCCUCAGUAAAAGCUCAACAACUUUGGGCAAUCUCCCCCCCCAAAAAAACUCAACAACUUGGGGCAAUUUCUACCCCAAAAAUCUUUGUUGCAUUCCAAAAAAUAGGGGGCAUGUUAUACACAGAAAAAUACGUUAUACAGUAGACCUUCGGGUUACAUUACCCUCGAGUAACGUAAACUUUGGGUUGUGAAAGCGGCAAACCUGGAAGUAUACUUCUGGGUUUUGCCGCUUGCGCAUGUGCAGAAGCAGGCCUCUGGGUGCAGAUUUUUUGGCGUGCACGCGGACCCCUGGAACGAAUUAAAUUCAUAUCCACUCUAUCGGAACCCUUCCAAUAUUUGCUAUGAGCCCAGUAUUUUAUCUAGGUUGUUCUUGGCUCCUGAUUUCUUUUUUCCCUCUAGGGCUCCUUAAUAACCCAAUGAAAAUUUCUGGAUUGAUGGGUUUUAUCUCUUCUGCAGCCACAGAUUUGUCUCUAGUAGGCACUCUGAUAUAUAGUGACAGAAAUGCUCAGCUCACAAGGCUCUCCUGUAUGUGCCCUUUUGGGACUGAAAUAACUUAUUGGGGCCAAUAAUAGUUUUUAUGUUGGACUGUCUUUUGGGAAUGUUUUUAAAUUAGUUUUUGUUACUUACAUUUUAUGUCAAAAUCAAUCAUAUUCUUCCUUCUAAGCAUGAGGACGGUGAGGUAGUAUGCAUAGAAACUAGGAGAAAACCACCCUUAUUUAAAUUAGGAGGAAUUGCAAUUAUUUGUUUGUUUGGAAUAUUUAUAUCUUGCCUUUCCAACAAAACAUUGCUCAAGGUGGCUAUAAAAACAUCAGUUAAAAUAUACCGUAAACAUCACAGUCAAGGAAACCAACCAAAAUAAAGACAGCCCCUCAUCAUAUCUUUAAGCAGCAGAAAACAUAGAAUUAAAAUCAGUCAGAUACUCGAAUGCCAUCAAAAGGUGUGAGGCCAAGCAGCGAAGGUAAAGAAUUCCAAAAUCUGGGUGUGACGACUUGAAAAGGCUCUUUUGUGUUCCCACCAAACUCACUUUUGACAUCUGUGGCACUCAGAUAAACGACCUGUCUUCCUAACCAGUGCUUUUUUAAAAGAAAAAAAAGGAUCUGGUACCGUGUACCUUUGAGUUACCCCCCCAAAAAACACACUGCUCCCUUCCCAUCAGAAUGAGCUACACAGGACCCUAGGUUUGUAAGCUUCUGUCUGUAGCUCCUAGCAGGGACUUUUAAAAAUUUGCAAUCUCCGUCUUGGAAAUGGGUCUGUAAACGGACAUCAGUUUAUAGUUUCAUAACUGUAUAAAAAUACAGUUUUUGUACUUUUAAACAUUUCCCCUUUGUCUCUUUCGCCCCCUGCUUUGUGAUCGUUUGGAUCCUGUUAUUGAUAUUGGAGAAACUGUCUUUUAUACAUAUUUUGGUCAAAAAAAGGGAAGGGAGUGUGCUUCCGCUAUAUGAGUUUUCGUAAACGUUGGCAUAUGUAGAAAUCAUAAUCGUACAUAUGGGAAGACUGUAUGUCUCGAUGAAAGUGGGAUGUUUGUUCCUUUUUGUGUUCAUCCAGUUUAGGAAACCAGUCAAAUAAGGGCUGAAAGGGGUGCUUGGGUAAUCCAAGUGUUUUUCCUUUGAUUUCUGGCCUGAAUAAAUGUCUUACUGCAAUUGUACUUCCACCACAAAUGACUUAACAGUCAGCUUUCACUUCAUAGCAGCUAAACGGCAUUGAGUUCUACUUCGACCACAUCAGCUAGUGCCUCAUGCACCUUUGUAUGUUCAUUCUAGCGUGCAACUGUACAAAAAGAAAAGAAACAAAAGGAGAAAAUAUAAAAGUUUCCCUUUUAGUGCACUAUAUAAUUUUCAAAUAUUGCACACAAUUGCUGACACUUACUUCCCCUUUUCAAAACGUCUCCUAGAAAUCUUGGGCAUAUUUUAAAGUUUAGUUGAUCCAUUACAUUUUUACACAGUUGAAAGUGAGGUCAACUAUUACAUUUUCUGCCUGAAAAGCCCAACGUAGAUACAGUGGAACCUUGGUUCUCGAACUUAAUUCGUUUCGGAAGUCCGCUCAACUUCCGAAACUGUUCAGAAACCAAGGCGCGGCUUCCGAUUGGCUGCAGGAGCUUCCUGCACUCAAGCAGAAGCUGCGUUGGAAGUUCGGCUUCCAAAAAAUGUUUGAAAACCGGAACACUUACUUCUGGGUUUUCAACGUUCGGGAACCGAUUUGUUUGACAACUAAGCCGUUCGAGAACCAAGGUAUGAUUGGAGUGUGAAGGCACUCUGGGAUGGAGGAGGGAUGCAGGACGUCUCUGUGUGCAGGUGAGACAUUGGAUUGUUGGAUUGUAAAGCACUUCAGGGGGCUUCAAGGGAGGAGACGUGUACAUUAAAUAAAUAAUAAAAUGUGUGAUGGUCCCUAAUGUGGGCUGGACUGCCAAAUCACUGGGGUUAGGCAGUUGGCUGUGUGGACAAGUGCAGUAUUUUACUUCUCCACUCCCUUUCUUGGGAGACCUGUUCAUUCCUGGACAUUCCUAGGGCAGAAGCUGAACAUGCUACCAAUGAAUACAGUGACUAGGUUCCUGUAAGGCCCAGAAUAUUUUGCUUAAAAGUCCUAAUCUUGGGAGUAUCAAUCAGAUACCUGGGGGGUGGGGAGAUACGGUGGUACCUCGGGUUACGAACUUAAUUCGCUCCGGAGGUCCAUUCUUAACCUGAAACUGUUCUUAAUCUGAGGUGCCCUUUCGCUAAUGGGGCCUCUCGCUGCUGGCGUGCCGCCAGUGCGCGAUUUCCGUUCUCAUCCUGGGGCAAAGUUCUCAAUCCAAGGUACUACUUCCGGGUUAGCGGAUUUGUAACCCAAAGCGUUUGUAGCCUGAGGUACCACUGUACUUUUAAAAUGGCCACAUGCACUGUAACAUUUGCCCUCCAGUUGAAGGCCCAAUGAGGAAUAGAGGUUCUCUUCUCAUCUGUUAUUUAUUUAUUUGCUUUUUAUUACAUGAAUGUUCCACAUUUUCUCCACAACUCUGUAGCGUAGACUAUGCUGAGAGAUGGUGAGUGACUGACCCAAGCUCACCCAGGGAGCCUUGAACCCUGGUCUCUAAGGUCCUAGUUCACUACAUCACACAUUUCCAUGAACAAAUAUUCCGAUUUCUUCCCUUAUUUGCUAACCUAAGUCUGUAUUCCAACUAUUGAUGUUCCCUGUUGUGAGCAUGUUCAUUAACAGCUGCUACAAUUUGAGCACCAUAUUCUCUCUUAAUUCCCCACACUGUCUUUUCUCUCAGAAUAAUUACUUGUUGAAAUCUGUAAUUUUUUUCAGUGAAAAUACUGGAAGAGUUGUGGUCUCAGCCGUUGGCCCCCAAAGACUUCUAUAUAAAGGACUUCAACUUUUCCAGUUUAGGCUCUGGAGUCAUGCUAGAGCAUGGAGAAAAAAGUUUGUAUGGUAAGGUUGCCCGGAAUUUCCCGGACACAUAUGGGAAAAAGCUCAACAGGGCAAAAAUUAAAAAAACCCUCAACAACUUUGCCAAAAAGCCAACAACUUUUCACGGUUUGAAAUAUGGCACCUCAUCUGGGUUGUAUGGAAUAUUGAAAACUGUCUUUUAGAAGGAAUGUAUUCCUUUACACAACAGCUGUGGCCAGAAUAUUAGUGACGAAAAAUUGGAAAACAGACAAAAUACCAGAAUUACUAGAAUGGAGAGCCAAAAUUUUCGAAUUUGCGGAAAUGGCAAGGUUAAUAGCAUCAAUUAGAGGUUGUCCUAAUCAAAAAAUCUAUAAAGAGAGGGAAUGUGUAAAGGUUUACAUAAAAAGAGUUGGUUUUGGAGCUUAAAAAUUAAUAUGCAAUAGCUUAAAGGGUGCAAGGAGAUAGGAUAAUAUCAUAACAAAGAUGGAACAACAAAUAUAAACAGCAGGUAAUGCAACAACAACAAAAUUACAGCAUGUAAAGAAGAUCGCACCUGGGUGGAGGGAAGCAAUGGAUCUUGGGGGAGGGUGGGAGAUGAGGGUGCUAAUUGAAAAAUUGUCAAAGAUAUAUAUAGGAUUGAAGGGAUUGAAAAUAAGGAAUUACAACAAGGAGACAAACAUGAAGGAAUAUUAAAGUAAUGGAAUCUGAGAAGAGAUUAGUAUAAAUGAAAACAUGAGACUCAAGGUUUUGCCAUAUAUGAUUUGAUUUUGGAUGUGAAGUCUUUUGUUGUCAAGAUUGUACGCUAAAUGAAGAGAACAAUAAAAUGGGGGGGGGGGGGGAGAAAACUGGCUUUUAUUUUUUGCAUUAAAUCAAUGUGCAGUCGUGUCGUCAUGAUUCAAGUUUGCUUGGCUGCAGACAGGGGCUGCUGCUGCUGACCUCAGUGGGGUGAGAGGCAGUGGGUGGGCAGACUGGGCGAGCUGUGGAGGGCCAGCCAGAACAGGCUGCAGAAACCCCAAGAGUAGCUGCUUCGCUUCCAGCCCUGGAGCCCCUAUGCCCAGGAUCUAGAGUCCCAGCCAGCUGGUGCUGAUUCUAACCACUUUCCUCCUCCUCAGUCAGCCUGGAGCUCUGCCGCUGCCCAAGCAGAUGCAGGAGAAAGAGGAGGGCAGUGCUGGCGAAGUCAGCUGUUGCCACGACCCAGGAUAAGGGAGCAUGCUUUGGGAGGGGUGGUUGGGCCCCAAACGAGACCCCCAGAGUCCUUAGGCUGUGCUUCACCCACUCCCCUUCUAAGUACCUUCCCCACUGGCAGGAAAACACCCAUGGAACGAGAGCAGUGUCUUUCUUUGUACAAAUGCUGAUUUGCACAGAAGUUACUUUAUUAAAGGACCCUUGACCAUUAGGUCCAGUCGUGGCUGACUCUGGGGUUGCGGCGCUCAUCUCACUAUAUUGGCGAAGGGAGCUGGCGUACAGCUUCCGAGUCAUGUGGCCAUCAUGACUAAGCUGCUUCUGGCGAACCAGAGCAGCGCACAGAAACGCCGUUUACCUUCCCACCGGAGUGGUACCUAUUUAUCUACUUGCACUUUGACAUGCUUUCAAACUGCUAGGUUGGCAGGAGCAGGGACCGAGCAACAGGAGCUCACCCCAUCGCGGGGAUUCGAACCGCCAACCUUCUGAUAGGCGAGUCCUAGGCUCUGUGGUUUAACCCAUAGUGCCAUCCACGUCCCUUAUUAGAUAUAUAAUAAAUAAUAAAUUUUAUUUAUACCCCGCCCUCCCCAGCCAAGACCGGGCUCAGGGUGGCUAACAACCAAUAAUACAAACAAGUUGAUUGCAAUACAACAUUAAAACAUGAAAAUGCAGCCUCAUCACAGGAGGAGAAAGGAAAAAAGAAAGAGGGGGAGGGAAUCAAAUUGAUUCCAAGCCAAAGGCCAGGGGGAACAACUCUGUCUUACAGGAUGUGGUGCUGAUGUAACUUUGAGAACUACAAUGUGCUUGACAGGCUUUGUUCCCAUAGGUUUAUCAUUUCAGGUGGUAGCAGGCGACAUCUCCCCUCUGCAGCCUGGCCCCUGAAGCGACCUGCCAGUGCGGGAAAAGUCCUGGGUGGGCAGAUCCAUGGUUUUGCUUUCCGUGCCCUUUCUCAGCGUGGAAGGAAAAAUACGUGACCCUUCCCUGUAAGAUGUGUGUGAAUGAGAAGUGUAUGUGUGGUGACAAAUUGUGUAUGUAAGAAUGGGGGUGGGUGGGGGUGAUUUGGCCCCCGGCCUGUUUGGGGCUGGCCUUGGCCACUUGGGGCUUGUGGUCCCGACUGUGUUCCUCUUGAAGGAAUUCUGUCCUCAAUGGGGAAAAGGUUCCCUGUUCCAAGAGCUGCCCAUUUUUCACUCUGUAGUAUCAUUUCAUUGCUCAGUUUCCUUCCAAAAGACUUUAUUGCAUAUAUUCAAGUUUGCAUCUGAUAUGUGUGUUUCCUUCUUUUUCUUUCCUUCCUUGCAUUGUUUACUCGUUCCCAUUUCUUUCUUUUGCUCUGCAUUUUUGAAUUCCUUCUCAUUUGUCCUCAUGUGUUCCAAAUUAAUGCAAUUCCCCUCCCCCCCCGACAUUUCUGUCUUCAAUAUUUUUCUCAUGUGGACUGAGUUUAUUAUUUUGCUUUCACAAAUGUUGACCGUAAUCCUCAAACCACUUUGGUAUAAUGGCACUGAAAAUCAACGAAGCAAGCUGCCAAUUUUAAAACAAACAAAACAGAUAUAAAAUGUGGCUUUGGCUGGCAGACCAGUUUCCUGUAGAAUCCAUUCUCACAUGCAAGGAUUACAUUAUUCUCUUUUUUCACAUGUUCAGUGUUCAGGCUGAAGAGAUCGGGGCUCCUGCAUCUUUGAAAGUUAUAAGGGAUCUUCUGCAGGUAUAGUUUGUCAUACUUGCUGAAAUGGCCUUCUCUACACAACUAUUAAAAGUGCCUCUUGUAGAUCUCUCUUCCCUAAGUGCGAAAGACAGUUUGUUUUGAGUUCAGAUAUUGAUUGAUGGAGUUGCUGCUGUGCCUAGACAGGAAUGGAAGGAUGGUUAAGAGGACAGUCCUAUAUAUCUCAAUAUAUUCAGCAGUAAGUCCCAUUGAGUUCAGUAGGAAGUUGCUCUUUCAUUAUCAUUUUGGAUGCCCUUAUCUGAAUCUUUUCCACCCCAUCAAUAUCCUUCACAGGAGUCAACCACAGUUGUACACAGCAUCCCAAGUGUGGUUACACCAUAGAUUUGUAUCAUGGCAGUACAAUACUGACAGUUUUGUUUUAAGUUCCUUUCCUAACGAUCCCUAGCAUGGAAUUCGCCUUUUGGGUGGCUGCUACAAGCUGGGUAAAGCUCUUCAUUAAGCUAUCCAUUAUGACCCCAAGGUCUCGUUCCUUUGGGAGGGAAGGGAAACGAGGCAAAAAGAGAAACGAGUGACAGGCAGUGACUUGCACAAAUGCAGCUACAUAUGCCUAGCCAUUUUUUGUUUGAGGAAUAAGGGAUUUAUUUCCUUUCCUUUUCCGAGACACAGACCAGUAGGAGCAUUCUUCUUCUUCUUCUUCUUCUUCUUCUUCUUCUUCUUCUUCUUCUUCUUCAAUAGUUUAAUGGUGAUUUCAUUUUCUACCAACCUAAGUCCUUUCCUCCUUUCAUAUUUUAUUAUGGAACAGGAAACUACGAUCCUUUCUAACAUCACAAACAUUUGGGGCUGAUGUCUCUAAUGACCCACUUUGGAUCAGGCCGCAACCCGCUAGGGAGUCCUGACCAACCGGUUGAAAACCAGUGACUUAGAGGUCAUCCCUUAUCACUCGGCGACUUCAAUGAGUCAAUAAGGCUGGGUUUUAAAAGAAAAUUAUUUGCAUUAUUUUCAGAAUCAUCACAUAUACAUUCUGGAAAUAAAGGUAGCCAACAAAACCAAUGAAAUUUCCCCAGGGACCCCAGAAAAUACACCACAACUUUUAACAGUAUACAUCAGUAAAACACGUUCUUAGUAAGUGAUUCACCUCUGGAACUGAUACUUGGUUUUCUGGAGUAUUUGUGAAUGAAAUAAAGGUCCACCAUUCUCCUGCAAAGGUGUAUUUAUGCUGUGUUCCUCUUCCUAGUCUCAGAUUGUGCUUGUUCUUCUGUAAGGGCAGUACACCAUACUUUCUUGUACCAAGUGUUCAGGUUUGCACCUUUAAGUCUUUCCAGGGUGUCUGUAUAACGAAAAUGCUGCCACUAGGAGAAAUCCAAGUACAGUGGUGCUUUGGUUUUUGAACAGAACACAUUCCGGGAGUCCGUUCGACUCCCGGAACCGUUUGAAAAGCAAAGUGUGGCUUCUGAUUGGCUGCAGGAGCGUCAAUCGAAAGCCGUUUCAGACAUUCAGCUUCUGAAAGUCGUUCGAACACCGGAACACUCACUUCCGGGAUUCCAUCGUUCGGAAGCCGAUUUGUUCCGGAGCCAAGGCGUUCAGCUUCCAGGGUAUGACUGUAGUGGUUUCCCCCCCAAGUCCCAAGUCCCAUUUAAAUACAGAUUCUUUUUUUUUUUUAAAUAAUAUUUAUUAAAAUUUCAAAAGAAAAAAAAAUCACAUUAAUAAGAAAAUUAACAAUAAAAAGGAAAAAUACAAAAUACAAAAAAGAAAAAACAGUUAAAAACAAUUCCAUCUUUUCAUCACUUCUUUUACAUUUACUUGUUUCCCGGACCUCCUCAUACCUCCCUCUUUUGUAUUCCAAUUCAAUAUGUUAAUCCAGCAAUUCCUUUCCCUCCUUUUUAAUCCUAAUCUUUAAUCUUGAUAAAUUAUAACAUUAAAUUUUUACAUAUUAAAAACCAAUUUUUCCAUAUUUUUUUAUACCAUUACCGCUAGAAACCGCUUAACUUCAAUCCGUCAUCAUUCUAACAUUCAUUAAUUUUACAAUAUUUCUGUAAGUAGGCUUUAAAUUUCUUCCAAUCUUCUUCCACCGACUCUUCUCCCUGGUCUCGGAUUCCCAUUUAAAUACAGAUUCAGUAAUGCAAGCUCUGGAGGCUUUUUGAUAUACUGAUGAGUGAUUUUACUUAUCUCAUUAAACGCUUGUUCCCUCAAAUUUACCGUCAGUCAGUCAUGUCCACCACAAGUGCCUAUAGAUGCCUGUGUCCCCCACCACUGGCAGCACACUGAUGAAGUAUGUUUAUGCAUAUAUGAAAGUUUAACUGGGGUUAAGCACCAUUUCUGCAGUUGUGAGAGCAGUGUUUAAGUUGGCAAGGCUGUUACCGUAUUUUUCGCUCUAUAACACGCACCCGACCAUAACACGCACAUAGUUUUUAGAGGAGGAAAACAAGAAAAAAAAUAUUCUAAAUGAAACAGUGGAUGUAUGAUUUUUGUGGUUCAUGCUGUGGCCACAGACAUGUGAUCUGACAGUGAGUUUGGAGUAGCCCAAUGCAAAAAUCCUGAGGAUCCAUGUGGAUCCAUGCUUUAUAACCACGUUUUUGCACCUCUGCUGCCCCAGGCAACAGUGGGUGCGUGAUUUUUUUGGUGCAAGAUAUAGCCAUGGACAUGCUAUGUGAUCUGAUGGUGAAUUUGGGGUGACCCGGUGCAAAAAUCCUGAGGAUCCAUGUGGAUCCUUGCUUUGUAACCAUGUUUUAAGUGGGGAGGGAAGGAAAAGCACUCAAGGGACAAGGAGCACACGUGGGGUGUGUGGAGAAGGAUGCUGCUAAUAAUGAAGAAGAGGAGUAUAAGGGGAGAAGGCUCCUCUCCUCUCCCGCUUUGCUCCUUUAAAGCAAGCAGGCUCUGCUUUUCUCCCUCCUCCCCGCUCAUCCCUAGCUUAGCGAGCUGAAAAACUUUGCUGCUAUUUAGCGAGCUGAGUGGGGAGGAGAGAGGGACAGAGAGCCUGCUUGCUUUAAAGGAACUAACCAGACAGGAACUCUCCUCUCCCGCUUUGCUCCUUUAAAGAAGCAGGCUCUCUGGCCCUCUCUCCUCCCCACUCAGCGGCUCUUCUCCCGCUUUGCUGUUUCAAAGCGAGCCACGGAGGAGGGAAGGAAGGGGAACCAUGGAUCCUCUGCUCACGACUGCAGCAGAUCCCCCCCGCCACCCGUAGGCAUUUCCUCCAUAACACGCACAGACAUUUCCCCUUACUUUCUAGGAGGAAAAAAGUGAGUGUUAUGGUGCAAAAAAUACGGUACCGCAUAUGAGACUAAAAUUGCCUUUCAGCCUCUCUGGUGGUAUUUACGUUAUGUAUGAUUUCCAAGGGAGAGCACAAGUAAGAAACCCAUUGAGCAAACAGAAGCAACCCAAAGGGAGUGGUGGAAGAGGCAAAGUGUGUGUGUGUGUGUGUGGCUGCUGCUUGAACUGAGUUACAGACCUGGCUGGGGUUGAGCCAGCAGCUACGCAACUCCUAUCAGUAGCCUGCCACCGUCAGGCACAAUAAAAUCUUAUUUUGCAGACUUUUCAGUACUCUCAUUUUGCUUUACAUCCUCUUUUUCCUCUUGUGUGUGUUUUCCAGAAAUAUGUCUAAUGUGUGAAACUUCUGCCUUAGAUUCAGGUAGUUAGCUGUGUUGAUCUUCCGCAGUUGAAAUAUAUAAAAAUUGUCCAGUAGUAAAGGUAAAGGGACCCCUGACCAUCAGGUCCAGUCAUGACCGACUCUGGGGCUGUGGCGCUCAUCUCGCUUUAUUGGCAGAGGGAGCCGGCGUACAGCUUCCGGGUCAUGUGGCCAGCAUGACUAAACCGCUUCUGGCGAACCAGAGCAGCGCACGGAAACGCCGUUUGACAUGCUUUCGAACUGCUAGGUUGGCAGGAGCAGGGACUGGGCAACAGGAGCUCACCCCGUCACGGGGCUUUGAACUGCCAACCUUCUGAUCCGCAAGUCCUAGGCUCUGUGGUUUAACCCACAGCGCCACCCGUGUCCCACCACGUAGCACCUUAGAGACCAACUAAGUUUGUUCUUGGUAUAAGCUUUCGUAUGCAUGCACACUUCUUCAGAUACACCACGGGUUGGCAAGGUUUACCUCGCCUGGGCCGGUUCACUCCAGCGGAGAUCCCUCCGUGGGCUGGAUUGUGCACUCGCCCGCAACGUCCGGCAUCUGCAUUUGCGCAGACGCAAUUUCCAGCACCUGUUCAUGUGCAGACAUUAUUUCCCGCAUCACAGAAGUGAGUCGCUGCGCUGCGCCGGUUUUGUGCAGUGUGUGGGGACUCGCCAAGCGGGCGGCUCAGGGGCCGGUUAAACAACUCCCGUGGGCCACUUGUGGCCCGUGGGCCUUAGGUUGCCAACCCCCUGUGAUACACAGAAAGUUUAUACCAACAACAAACUUAUUUGGCCUCUAAGGUGCUACUGGACAAUUUUUUUGCCUUAGAGUUUGUGUCAUUUGUAGUAUAGCACCACAGGCAACUCCUUCAGUGCUGGUUUCAACAAGAGUAUAUAGGCAUAUUCUUAUUCUUCAACUGCUUUCUGUGUACAAAGGUAUUUCAGGAAAAACUCUGGCUUUGCUUGCUCCAUAGCCUUUUCUGCCUUUCGUCUGCGGUGCUGAGCUCCAGAUGGUCGCUUUUUAAUCAGCCGUAGCUCACUAGAAAAAUGAAUACAUUUUCUAAAUAAGAUUAAGAUGUGACUGUAAGAUUUAAAAUUAAGUGCAUUCUACAGUCCAUAUUUCAUAUAUGCAUAAAAAACAAUGCUAAUGUAUUAAUUACAGUGGUACCUCGCAAGACGAAUGCCUCGCAAGACAAAAAACUCGCUAGACGAAAGGGGUUUUCGUUUUUUGAGCUGCUUCGCAAGACGAUUUUCCCUAUGGGCUUGCUUCGCAAGACGGAAACGUCUUGCAAGUUUGUUUCCUUUUUCUUAACACCGUUAAUACAGUUGCGACUUGACUUCGAGGAGCAACUCAUAGAACGCGGUGUGGUAGCCUUUUUUUGAGGUUUUUGAAGACUUUGGUGAUUUUUGAAGCUUUUCCAAAACUUUCCCGACACCGUGCUUCGCAAGACGAAAAAAAUCGCAAGAUGACAAAACUCGCGGAACGAAUUAAUUUCGUCUUGCGAGGCACCACUGUACUUCAAAAUGAUAAAAUUAUUCAAAAUAAUAAAAGUCAAAUAUUAUAACAAAUUUCUAAGACAUAGCAAAAGCUGGUAGGGCUGCUGGGGCUGCAUUUGUUCCCAUAUAUCUCAGUAGGAAGGCAUAAUGGUUAAGGGGAAGUUUGGUCUGAAAGCAAUAUAGUAUAAAAUUAGGUGUGGCGCUCUGCCUGUUCCUUCUUGGUUUUCCACACUGCACGCUUUCUUACAGUUCUAAUGUAAGGGCUGAUAUUCAAUCUUAUGGUAUCAAGACAGUGAUGAUAUAUUCGAUGAACACCCUUUGUCCAAGUCGUUUAUAAAGACGUUGAACGACAACGGGCCCAGCUGAGGUCAGACAGAAAUUCCUUGUGGAAUUCCCAGUGCUCACGGAAGAUGUUUUUAUCCUCCAAGCAUUUUAAUUGCAGCUUGGAGUUUCGUAGUUUUAACCAGUUUUUACCUUUCCUGCAUCUUAUUUCUUGUACACCGCUUAGAAAUUAUAGUACUUAAGCCAUGGAUAAAUUGUUUAAACAACAACAACAACAACUUCAAGGUUCUGGUAGGAAUGUGAGAUCCGGUGAUAAAAAGGGAGCAAGCAAAAUCUUUCUCAGGCAUUGCCAAGACGUCUCUACGGUUGCUGUCCCAUCACUUGUUGCACUGAUGUGAAUCUGCACGUGUUUCUGUUUUUCUUGGUUUCUGUCAAAUGCAAUAUCAGCUCACUUGAGCACUGAUCCUGCAUGUUGGCAAAAUCCUCAAGUGUUUGCUUCUCUACCGGCCUUGUAAACCUUUAUGUCCCUGUCGGCAUGCAUUGCUUUCUUCAUUAUCUUCAGCAUUUUCGCUUUAUUCAAGUUUCUGAGGCUAAAAGUUGAAGGCUUCCUUUCAUUUGCUGGCUUGGGUUUUUCCAUCUUCUGUCAACAGAAGGAUUACCAGUGGUUCUAUCCUACUAAACUCAAUAACACAAACAUGGUGUAUAUAAAUACUUUAUAGUGAUGUGAUUCCUUGAAAUUCUCCUUCAGCAGCUGCCUCGUAUUUACCCAUUCAGAGCUCCCUCAGAAGUUGGACCCAAUGCCUCUAUUUCCCCCUUGCUUUUUCUCUUUGAUUCCAAUAUAGAACUCUUCUUUGAGAGCGGUUUUCUUGUUAUUCAGGCCAGAAUUCAAUUGUUUGUCCAGUGGUACCUCAGGUUACAUAAGCUUCAGGUUACAGACUUUGCUAACCCAGAAAUAUUAAAAUUCGGGUUAAGAACUUUGCUUCAGGAUGAGAACAGAAAUCGUGCGGCAGCGGGAGGCCCCAUUAGCUAAAGUGGUGCUUCAGGUUAAGAACUAUUUCUGGUUAAGAACGGACCUCCGGAAUGAAUUAAGUACUUAACUCGAGGUACCACUGUACAGCCAUAGAAAGCAUUAGUUCAAGACACCAACUUGGUCGCCAUCUUGAAUUAUGGGGUUUCUUUGAAAUGAAAGCCCUUCAUGAUAUUUUGUUAGCAAACUCGUUAAAUACAGAAUAGGCCAGGCAUAAGCAAACUCGGCCCUCCAGAUGUUUUGAGACUACAACUCCCAUGAUCCCUAGCUAACAGGACCAGUGGUCAGGGAUGAUGGGAGUUGUAGUCCCAAAACAUCUGGAGGGCUGAGUUUGCCUCUGCCUGGGAUAGGCGAUAGUACCAUCAGGUGGAUUCACUUUUGGUUGGAAAACUACACACGGACUUCUCAUUAAUGGCUCAUCUUCAUUCUGCAGGCAGAUUUUUAGUGGAGUGCUGUCAUGCCUGGUGUUCUUUAACAUUUUUAUCUUGGAUGAAGAGGUGGAAGGAAUCUUCAUUUUUUUUUAAAAAAAAUAAUUUUUAUUAAUUUUCCAACAUACAUUUAUAAUAUUCAAUCUAAAUUUGUCACAAAUUUUCUCUUUUAGAUUUCCUUCAGCCUCUCUGACAAUCAUCCGUUAUUCUAUUUUUUAUUACGCAUUUGCUACUUAUUAUAUUGCAUUUGAUAUACCCUCUCCCUUUUGUUUUUCUUUCAACAAUAUUCCUCAAACAUUCACAGAACUUCUUGAAAUCCCACUAACGUUAUUUGCUCAUCACAUAUACAUUUCAAAUCUUCAUAAAGUCUGCAGAUGGCAUAAAGCUUGGAGGACUAAUUUGGCACCUCGGAAGAACAGAAAUACGUUUUCAAAAUGAAGUUAACAGGGUGGAGAACUUGGAUUAAUGACAAAAUGAAAUUCAGCAGAGACAAGUGCAAAGUUCUGCAUGGAGAACAAUCUCGACAGGAGGAGCAGUUAGACAGUGGAACCAGUUCCCUGUCUUCAAGCAGAGGCUGGGCAACCAUCUGUUGGAGAUGCCUUAGGUCUGGAUUUUCUGUAUUGAUCAUAGAUAGCUUAUAAUGCAUUCUUCGGCUCUGUGAUUUUUGUGACCAAAACCCCCAGCAUUCUGUCUCCUUUGGUGGUCAACAAUAUAACUCUGGGAAGCCUAUGAGCACAACAUGGAUUUCGUGGCCUUUGUCUGUUGGUUGCUUCCUUUUUUUAAUAAUAUUUUUUAUUAAUUUUAAUAUAUAAAUUAUAAUACAUACCACAAAACUUCACCACUUAUACAAUCUUUUUUGGACUUCCAUCAGCACCUCUGAUGAUCCACCGCUUUUAUCACUUCUUAUGCAUUUCUUAAAUUCAUAUUGCCUUUAAUUAUCUUAACUAACCAUCCUCCCCUUUAUCCAUUUUUGCAAUAGUUUCAAUAAUUCACCUCACAAAACUUCUUGCAAACCUACAAACGUAGUCUAAUCAUCACAAUUACUUUUCAAAUAGUCUGUAAAUUUACACCAGUCUUCUGUGAAUUUCUGGUUCCGCAGAUUUCGAAUCCUUCCUGUUAGUUUGUCUAGUUCUGCAUAUCCAUUAAUUUCAUCCUCCAUUCUUCUUUCAUCGGUAAUUCUUCUUGCUUCCAUUUUUGUGCCAAUAAUAUUCUUGCUGCCGUCGCUGCAUAUAAAAACAGCUUACAGUCUUUUCUAUUUAUAUCACUUCCUACAAUGCCCACUAAAAAUGCUUCUGGUUUCUUUCAACAUUUUUUUCAUCUCGUUAUAUAUCAUUUCCCAGAAGCUUUUCACUUUUUUACAUUCCCACCACAUGUGAUAAAAUGUUCUUUUGGUUGCUUCCAAUAAGUUCCGUGUAGCUAUCAUAGCUACUACUUGUUCACUGAGCCACCCUCCGUGAGGGAAUGAAGGAUAAUUGUGGUUGAUGAGGGUAUGGCUGCUUGCACGCCAUUUUCCCCUCGUCCGCAGGACUCUGGUUGCUCUUCCACUGUGCCCCCUAAAUUUUGUGGCAUUGUUAUUGAAUGCAGCUUGGUCCAUAAUAAGGCCUCGUUGGAUGAGGGGACCAACCUGGUGUGCAUUACCCUCACAGAGCUGCAAUUCUCAGUGGUUUAGCAAUCUUCCCUCUUCCCAGGCAACUCUAAGAAUUGAAGAUCUCUGAGGGUUUCUUAACUUAAGCACCCUUAAGAGACUACAGUUCCCAGUAUUCUUUGGGGAAGCCAUAACUGUGGUGUGUGAUACUUUUAAAAAUGUACAAUGCAGAAGGGGCCUCUCACAGAUGCCUCAAAUUGGUUUCGUUUCUCCACGAAUCAAGGCUUUUAGUGUUAUAGCACCAGUAAUUUGGAACACUGGAAAUCAAAAAAUUGCAUUGCAAGAAGCAAUUUGAUUGGUCCUUUAUUUUGUAUUUUAUCAUUGUAUGGUUUAAUGAUUUUAUUGUACACUGCCUCAAGGUUUUUUUAUGAGUUGGCAGUUUAUAUAAAAAAUAUUACAAGUCAAAAUCAUUUUUCCCUGUUAUGGUCAAUGACCAGCAUUUAUUCUUAUAAGUAAUUUGUCUGUGCUUCUUCUAGUAAUUUAAACCAGUGGCCAUCACCGCAUGUCGUAACAUUGAAUUACAAAACUUAGCUGUGUAUUGCAUGAGGAAAUACUUUAUUUUGUCUGUCCUGAACCCAUUGCCAGUAUGUUUAAUUUGGUGACCCUGAGUUCAAUUGUUUUCAGGAGAGGUAGUAAAAAUUUCUUUAUACACUCUCCUUGCGACAUUAAUAAUUUUAUAAGCAUAUCCUGUUUCCACCGAAGAAGACACCUUAGUCUCCUUUUCUCCGUCCCAAAUUGAAAAGCCUAGAGCUGUGUUUCCUAGUAGGGAACAAGACACAUUCCUGAAUUUGGCAUUGUGUUUCAAAUCCAACAUUUUCUGCCUGAAACGUAAUGUGCACUGACAUCCAUGAUUGAUGGACAACAGUGCCGCGCCUGGCAUGGAUUGGAUCUUGAUUCUGAAUGAGACUUUGUGCUAUCAUUAGCCAGAGCUCUUGAAACUGUGUAUGAAGAGCAAUAAAAUAGGCUGAACUAGGUGGCCAGCCACAGAGAGAGAGGAAGAAGGGCUUACUUAGCAGCGGGUGAAUGGAAAGUCCCAAGGAAAUUUGAAUGGGCUUGCCAUGUUGAGAAGUCUUCUCUGCCCUGUGACAAGGUGUCUGUCCAGCCGUUCUGUGCGUUUCCGCUUACAUAAGCAGAUUGGAUCUUAAAGCGCAGUCUGAGCUCAGACCUCUUCAGGUUUCAGUAACAUGGUUGCAGGUUCAAAAUCUGAAUCCCCCAGAACCAAAUGAAAAAUGCACAGUCUUGAAGCCUGGCUAGGAGCCAAAUGUGGAAAGGGUGAAUUAUCCAGUUACUGAACUCUCACAGGAGCAGCUGUUCCUCUUGAGAGCUUUCGACUCAACAUGGUGGGAAUGUUUUGAAUGCACAAACGUAUAAAAUAAUCUGGCAAAAUUUCAAUCGCUUUUCAAAGGCAGAAUAAAAACUUGAAGGAAAGCCACAGUGCUUUGGAAGCGUGUAGAAGAUUUAUAGGCCCCUGACAAGCAAACAAGUCGGGGGGGGGUGUCUCUAAAUUCCAGUUGCUGUUUCUCUGUGGAGGCUGCAGCUAGGAAUGGAGGAUAAAUUUGAUUCAGUUUGUGUUUAAAGGCAAACAUACCCAACUCACACUUUCUGAAAACUGUAACACAGCUAGCCCUCAAAAUUCACACGUCUCCUAAUUUUGCAGUGCAGUUUUCCAGUCAUGUAAUGUGUGCAAAUAUGCAUGUAGCAGGGGGAGGAGUGCAUAUAAAUAUGUAUAUUAGUGGAAGUAAAAACAAAAAUACACCAAAUUUGAAAAACUGCAUACAAAAUUGUGAAUAUUUAAAAGUUGCACUAAAAUCUUGCUGAAUUUUCAUGAGAACUUUUUGAUACCAGUUUGUGAUGAUGAUGAUUUUUUAAUGUGGAGAACAGAACUUUGGAAAGACUGGAAAAUGAGAAACCCUUAAAAAAAACCCCAAAUAAAUAGCUGUUUAUUUUUAAUUAAAGGGGUAGAGAUCUUUUUUUAAAGAAAAAAAAUGCACAUAAAUAAGAAAGCAGAUUUGACAGAUAAUGCCCAUCCCUAGUUGCAGUAUGGUUGCAGCUGGGAGCAUUGUUCUUGUAACAGGGUGUUGAAAUAGGUGGUUCAGCUGUGUUGCCAAAUGAGGUUGUAUGCACCUUGCACACUCAGAGAGCAGAGUUGGAGUGUUUCCAAGAAAUCUCAAGUUAUACCUUCCCUCCCUCUGAAGCUGCUGCCACAUGUGUUUGCCACUGCUUUCCAAAGCCUGUGAUCCAACAUCUGUCAGGGAUUUUUAAGCUGUGAUUCUUGCAUUACAGAAAGUGGACUAGAGGACUCUCGGGGUGCCUUCUAUAAGAUCAGGGGUCAGCAAACUUUUUCAGCAGGGGGCCGGUCCACUGUCCCUCAGACCUCGUUGAGGGCCAGACUAUAUUUUGAAGAAAAAAACGAACGAAUUCCUAUGCCCCACAAAUAACCUAGAGAUGCAUUUUAAAUAAAAGGACACAUUCUACUCAUGUAAAAACACGCGGGCCGGAUUUAGAAGGCGAUUGCACCGGAUCCGGCCCCCGGGCCUUGGUUUGCCUACCCUUGUAUAAGAUCUUCCUAAGCAUUACAGGGGGAUGAGAGCAUGUUUCCAAUGCUAAAUUACUCAUGGGUCCUGGCACCAGUGCCCACAAUGAUUAUGUGGAGUCAUCUGUCCCUUUGGGGGUUCCCAGUUUGCUGGACUCACUGCUCUCUAUGAUGUACAUAGUGACACCACCUCCAAUAGGCCCUUCCAGUAGAUUUUGUGUCCACAGACACAACUGUGUCCCACUGGUUUUCUGUGCUCCACCACAUUCCCAUUGUUCACAUUAGAUGCCAUCCUGUAAGACCAAGCACUCUAGUUCACCUAUCAUGGUUCAGAGGCUUUUAGCAUUAGUGUAUAAGCACUUCCGAGGGACGCAGGUGGUGCUGUGGGUUAAACCACAGAGCCUAGGACUUGCUGAUCAGAAGGUCGGCGAUUCGAAUCCCCGCGAUGGGGUGAGCUCCCGUUGCUCGGUCCCUGCUCCUGCCAACCUAGCAGUUCGAAAGCACGUCAAAGUGCAAGUAGAUAAAUAGGUACCGCUCUGGCGGGAAGGUAAACGGUGUUUCUGUGUGCUGCUCUGGUUUGCCAGAAGUGGCUUAGUCAUGCUGGCCACAUGACCCGGAAGCUGUAUGCUGGCUCCCUUGGCCAAUAAAGUGAGAAGAGCGCCGCAACCCCAGAGUCGGUCAUGACUGGACCUAAUGGUCAGGGGUCCCUUUACCUUUACCUUUUUAUAAGCACUUGCAUGCAGCACUUAGGUUUUUGCCUGCAGUUGUCUCUCAGUUGCUCUCCUGCGACCUUUUAUUUGCAAUGCCUAGUUCUGUGCCUCCUGUAAUUAACUGUACAUCAGCUUUAUCACCUUCAUCCCCAGGUUCUGACUCUUCUCAGCUCCUGUCGGAUUUUCCCGCUCAAUCACUGGAGAGCCAGCGUGGCGUAAUGGUUAGAAGGAACACGGGUGGCUCUGUGGUCUAUGUUAUGGUAGAGGCCCGUAGAAGGAACUUCAUACUCUGCUCUCAAAGUGCAUAGGAGUUUGGCCUUUUGUUUUUCCCAUCCAAAGUAACAGUUCAUUAUAAAAGCUGCAGAAAAGAUGUGAGAUGUAGGGUUUUCACAGUGAGUCCCCAUGGCUGAUGUAAUGACUCAGUCCAGGAUCUCCAUAGUCUGAUAAUCGUACAAACAUAAUGAAGAUGUUUCAGGUGAAGGGAAGCUUUCCCUGCUUGUAGGCAAGUCAAAUCUGUCACCAUUUUUGAAUGUUUUAACAACUCAGGCAAUGUUAGAUCUGUCGCUAGAAGGGGACAGAUAUAUUCUGCUUAAUGAAGAACGUGAUGUUUAAGAAAAUUAAUCUCAAAAUGGUGGCACGUUGCUGUGUUGCAAAAUCAAUGAACUGGCAUAGUUUCCACCUUUUUAAAGAGCCUCAUUUGUAUUGUCUGCUCUUGUUAUUAGUUAUACAGCAUUUCACCAAACAAAUAUUAUUCAUCCCCCUUUAAAAAUAGUUGCAGUGGGGUGAAGUGUACUGUUUAGCCCUAGUAAUACACUAGGCACUAACCAAUAGGUGUUAACAACAACAACAACAACUAUUAUUAUAAUAAUAAUAAUAUAAUAUAAUAUAAUAUAAUAUAAUAUAAUAUAAUAAUAUAAUAUAAUAUAAUAUUAUAAUACAAUCUACUGCCUUUCAUCCAAGGAUCACAUGGUGGUAUGUUUUUGUGUGUGUGUGUGUGUGUGUGAGUGUGUUUGUUUGUGUGUGUGUAAGUUUGGGGCUUAUUUCCCCUUGGGGAUGAAUAGGGAUGGGACUCAAAGACUUUUCUUAACUGGGUUUAUGUUCCAAGUUUGUGUCACAGUUGCUCAGUCCACGAUGACGCUAAGCUUGUUGCACCAGUAUGGUCUCAUUCCUCAGCCUGGAAUGUCAACAGUGAACUCAAUUCUGGUGUUGAUUUUUACAAUUCCAGCCAAAAAGAUCUCCCUGCAAAUGCGAAUUGUGUGCCCCCAGGGCACACAAAAACAACUCCCAUCCUUGGAUCCUGUUUUUGGGUGCAAGCACCAAAAAAACACAGCAAAACGUACUUCUGUGAAUAAACAUAUAUAAGAUGGGUGGUGCCUUUGUGAUCCCUUGAGGCAGUUGAUGUUCUGCCUUUUCCUGUGAUCUGGGAUUUCUCCCAAGCUUUUGAAUACCUCCUACCACUUUCUAAAAGGUAUGGUGCUUUCUGGGGCUCAGUGCGCUCUUCAGUGUGGGCAGAGGUUCUUGCACAAAAUUAUUUCACCCACUGCUGUUUCAUGCUAGGAUUGGUGGGGUGAUAUAACGUGUCCCAGAAUUGACAUUAGAAGUCUAGCAGAAGAAAGUACUAUUGAAUUCAGUGACACUUGCUCUCAGCUAAGCAGAGUUUGGAGUGUUGCAGAGUUCCGUAUUUUUCAGUGUAUAAGACAGGCUUUUUUAUUGUAAGGAAAUGUAAAAAUUGGGAGUCGACUUAUACACAGAUAGUGCAUAAAGGGAACGGGCGAUUGGUGGCAGCCACGAGCGGGAGAUUGUCAGUGGCGAUUGGGCGGGUGAUUGAUGACUGCGGCAAGGCCUGCUGACGAUUGGCUGCUGCUGCUGCGGCAAUUGGGCGGGCAGUUGGCGGUGAGCGGGCGGACGAUUGGUGGCUUCAGCAAGGCGUGCAAUUGGCAGCGGCGGUCAGGCGGGUGAGCGAUUGUUGGCAAUCCCCCCAAAAAGCUCAGGAACUCUGGGCAAUCCCCCCAUUUCCCUAAUUUGGUGUCCCAAAAAAUAGGGGUUGUCUUAUACACGGGGGUGUGUUACACACAGAAAAAUACGGUAAACAGCAAUCCAAAACCCAUCCUAAAGCCAGAUGUGCUGUUGAUGUCUUUAAAAUACUUUUUCAUUAAAAGUGAAGUUAAUGGGAAAGCUGUGAAUGGGAUGUGGCAACCUAUGUAGGAUCCAGGAGGAGGGGGCGGCGAGUUUUUGUGACUUUAAUAGCUAAACAGAAGACACCGAGUGCUGUUGCUAAGGAUAGAUAGAGGUGUUGCACCUAGCUUGUAUAUCUGAGUUUCCAACACUGGCUGCAACCUCUGUUGCUGCUAUUUGUUCUUUAAUUUGUGUUUAUGCAAUUUCUGCCCUCCCUUCAAGGCUUUAUUAUUAUUCAUCCUCCACUGAUCUAAUGUUUUGGAUACUCAAUAAAAUUACCACAAAUGUUCUGACACACUGGGGUAGUCUUGUUCACCGAUGUUUAAUUAAUUAAACAACAUAGUUUUAUUUGGGUUUUGAACAAAUGUGCAAUUAAUUGUUACUGUUCUGAAGUUUAUUGUGUUAUAAUCUUCCUUAGUGGGUCAGGCAAACUACUGUUCAAAACAAUGGUUUUCUUUAGGGUGGCGCAGGGGGAGAGUUUAUGUAACCAAGCCAGGGUGGGGUGGGGGCUGAAAAAGUUUGGGAACCACUGGAUUAGACUGUUGAGACAUUUGGAUGGCAUGUAAAAUUAAUAUGGCAAAAGUUUUCAUUUUUGUUUAGAAAAUAUUUCUAAACUCCACAUAAAAGUAAGCCAAAUUUAGUUUAUUAAAACAGCUAAAACAACUUAAAUCAGUGAUGGCCAAACUCCAGCUGUUUUGGGACUACAACUCCCAUUACCCCUAGCUAACAGGACCAGUGGUCAGGGAUGAUGGGAAUUGUAGUCCCAAAACAGCUGGAGGGCAAAGUUUGGCCAUCACUGACUUAAAUGGUUUACCAUAUAUAAUAGCAGUAAACUUGCUAAAUCUAAAUCGGCUCUCCUUAUAUGGUCAAGACCAGCACUUUGAAUUCGGAACAGAAACUAAUUGGCAGUAAGUGCAGUUGGGUGAGGAUUGGCGUAAUAUGCUCAAACCGUCUUGCCCCAAUGAGUAACCUGGCUGCUGAAUCUUGCAGCAGCUGAAGUUUCUGAAAUGUCUUCUGAGGCAGCCCCAUGUCUAAUAUUUUGAAGUAAUCUAACCUAAUGGCUACCAGAGCAUAGACGGCAGACGUUAGGCUAUCCCUAUCCAGAUAGGGGUGGGACGUGGGUGGCGCUGUGGGUUAAACCACAGAGCCUAGGGCUUGAUGAUCAGAAGGUUGGCAGUUCGAAUCCCCACGACGGGGUGAGAUCCCAUUGCUCGGUCCCUGCUCCUGCCAACCUAGCAGUUCGAAAGCACGUCAAAGUGCUAGUAGAUAAAUAGGUACCGCUCCGGCGGGAAGGUAAACGGCGUUUCCGUGCACUGCUCUGGUUCACCAGAAGGGGCUUAGUCAUGCUGGCCACAUGACCCGGAAGCUGUACGCCGGCUCCCUCAGCCAAUAAAGCGAGAUGAGUGCCGCAACCCCAGAGUCGGCCACGACUGGACCUGAUGGUCAGGGGUCCCUUUACCUUUACCUUUCUCCAGAUAGGGGCACAGCUGGGCCACCUGCUGGAACUGAUGGAAGGAACUCAGUGCCACGGAGGCCACCCAAGUUUCAAGAGCAGCCAUGGAUCCAGAAGAACCCUGAAGCUAUAUACCCACUCCUUCAGAGGAAGUGUAACCCCAUCAAGAGCAGGCAACCUGCCAGCCAUCCAGUCUAGAGAACUGCCGCCUAUCAGUGCCCCAGUCUUAAUCUGGAUUGAGCUUCAGUUUAUUGACUCUCAUCCAGCCCAUUACUGAGGCAAGACACUGGUCCAGCACUUCCGCUGCCUCACCUGCAGAUGUAAAGAGAAGUAGAGUGGUGUGCCAUCAGCCUACUGCUGACAAUGUACUCCAGAAUUAUGGAUAACCCCACUCAGCGGUUUCAUGUAGAUCAGGGGUCAGCAACUUAAGGCCCAUGGGCCAGAAGCGGCCUGCGGAGGUCGUUUGACCGGCACAUGAGCCGCUCCCGAACUGAGAUGCCCACUCACAUGCUGCGCUAAACUGGUGCAGGGACUGGUGCAGGGACUCGCUUCCGCGGCGCAAAAAAUCAUGUCUGCGUAGAAGCAAGUGCUGAAAAUCACAGGCGCGCACACGAUCCAGCCCAUGGAGGGAUCUCCGUGGGACCGAUAGAUACCGUAUAUACUCGAGUAUAAGCCGACCUGAAUAUAAGCCGAGGCACCUAAUUUUAGCACAAAAAAACUGGGGAAACUUAUUCACUCGAGUAUAAGCCGGUUCACCACACCAUAAACCUGGUGGUAGCGGCAGCAGUGGAGGAAGAACAAGCAGCCCAAAAGGGCUGCUUUUGGGCUGCUUGUUCCUCCUCUGCCGCUGCAAACAGCGGCAAGGGUGGCGAAGGAGGAAGGAGCAGUCCGAAAGCAGCUGUGCCUCUCCCAACCGCGGCUCCCUUGUGAGAGGCGGGCGGCGGUGGGACCAGCGGCGAGAAAGGGCUCCUUUUGGGCCGCUUGUCCCUUCGCCGCCGCCACCCGCCUCACUCGAGUAUAAGCCGAGGGGGGCUUUUUCAGGAUUAAAAAUAUGCUGAGAAAGUCGGCUUAUACUCGAGUAUAUACGGUAAACCUUGGUGACCCCUGAUGUAGAUGUUGAACAGUAUAGGGGAUAAAACUGAACCUUGGGGAACCCCACAUUGAAGGCUUCAGGGCCCAAAGAGCAUCACCCUUGGGAAUGAUCACCCAAGUAGAACCAGAACCAUCACAAAGCGGUGCCACACACCCCUAACUCGGACGUCUGCUCCAGAAGGAUACUGUGGUUGAUGGUAUCAAAAGCCACUGAGAGGUCAAGGAGAAUUAAGAGGGACACAUUUCUUUCUCUCCUGGCAGAGGUCAUCAUACAGGGCAACCAAAGCAGUUUAGGUGCCAAAGCUGGGCCUAAACCCCAAUUGAAAUGGCCCAUUAAUUGUGUCAUUAGUUACUAUGUGCAGGCUGCCUUUGGGAUUUUGAUAAUUAUGUAUUGCUGUUUUUAUCUUUUUGCUUUUUUGCAUGCGCCCUCAUUUUUGCCUAAAUGGCAAUUCACCUGCCAAGCAUAAUUUGUUUUUAUUUUGAUAGUCAAGCAGUAUAUAAAUUUUAUGAAAAAUAUAAUUCAUUGUGUUUCCCUUUGCCUUUUGGAUCUUCCCCCACAUCUUGGGACCUGAGUUUACAACUCGAAUGCCAUAUUGACCUCCACUGGCUGCAGUUGCUUGGCUGACAUUAACAGACGUCUUGGGGGUCUCUAGCCAGUUUCACACACAAUCUUGGCUGACUGUAUCUAGUCAAGCUGAGCUACUCAUUUUGGUCCAUUCUGUGAUGGUUUCCUCUCUUAGGGAGGGACUCCUAUCCUCCUCUCUUGAAGGAGGCAAUUGUGUGUUUUCUACUUUAGAAGUUAUCCCCUGAAUCUAACUAAUCUGGUCAGUUUUAUGGGCAAAGUUUAUUUGUUUGUUUGUUAAAUUUCUACCUUACCCUUCCUCUGAAAGGAUGGGGUGGUAGCUGUAUAGCUCUGGGACAUUCAGGAGGGAAAUGAUCAUAUAGAUCGUUAUCAAUCUGACUUCAGGCUAAGUUUUGGUUGGCAAAUGCGUUGAUAAACUGGUGGAUCUAUGCCAUGGGUAGGCAAACUAAGGCCCGGGGGCCAGAUCCGGCCCAAUCGCCUUCUCAAUCCGGCCCACGGACGGUCCGAGAAUCAGCGUGUUUUUACAUGAGUAGAAUGUGUCCUUUUAUUUAAAAUGCAUCUCUGGGUUAUUUGUGGGGCAUAGGAAUUCGUUCAUUAUUUUUUUUCAAAAUAUAGUCCGCCCCCCCCAAGGUCCCCCCCCAAGGUCUGAGGGGCAGUGGACCGGCCCCCUGCUGAAAAAAUUUGCUGACCCCUGAUCUAUGCAGUGCUUUUUUUCUGGAGGGGCGCAGGGUUACGCAUACCCGUAAACAUUUUGUGAAUCUAAGUUUGGCCUUAUUUCAAUAUGAGUAGGAAAAUGAGAGUACCCCUAAACAUUUUUUUUAAAAAAGUACUGGAUCUGUGUCAAGAGAUAUAUAGGGGCCUAUCUGUUAUGUACUGAAGUUCUCACCCUGGGCCAGCAGGGGGAUACUGUAGAUAGUUAUGCAAAUGAAGGAUCGCAAAUGAAGUGAUUGGAUAGUUUUAGAAUGUUGCAACAGUUACAAUUGUUCUGUAGCUCUAUAUAAGCAGGCUGACUGAGCUUCUCAACCAGUUCUGUUCCAGCUUACAAAAUAAAGAGCUGCUUUGGAGAAAUCGCUGUGUCGUCUGCUAUGUCAACCCACAACUUAACACUAUCCAAGCAGGCUGAUUUUCUUGGAUCUCUGUUGUGACCUUUUGAGGCAUUGCAAUGUGGAGUCUCCUUGUUAGGAAGAUCUCAGAAAGUAAUCUUGAUGCAUUUAUGCUUUGCACUGCUUUGUGGAAUUUGUCUAGUGGAGCUCCUCAAGAUCUGAUCUUCUCCACCACAUUCUUCAAUAUCUACAUGAAACUUCUAGGAGCAGUGUAUUUGGAGAUCUGGCAUGAACUUACCACCACUUGGGUGGCAAAAAGCUGCCUAUAGAUAAAAUGGCACCAAUAAGUUGAUUACACCCAGCUCUACUUUUUUCUGCCAGGCCUGGGUGAGGAAGUGGUAAUUGAGAACAGAUGUCUGGUGGCAGUGAUAGACUACAGGAAGAAGAAUAAAAUGAAACCCAUACGCUGAGAUCUUCAGAAGAAUACCUGCUCCAAUUAAAAACCCUACAUACCGUAUUUUUUGCUCUAUAAGACUCACUUUUCCCCUCCUAAAAAGUAAGGGGAAAUGUGUGUGUGACUUAUGGAGCGAAUGCAGGCUGCGCAGCUAUCCCAGAAGCCAGAACAGCAAGAGGGAUCGCUGCUUUCGCUGAGCAGCGAUCCCUCUUGUUGUUCUGGCUUCUGAGGUUCAGAAUAUUUUUUUUCUUGUUUUCCUCCUCCAAAAACUAGGUGCGUCUUAUGGUCUGGUGCGUCUUAUAGAGCGAAAAAUACGGUAAGUUUGAGAGUGGCAUGAAGGUGCAAUGGGAUCUGCUCUUCAGAAUGCACUCCCUAGGGAAGCUUGCCAUGCAAGUUCUCUUCUUAUCCUCCAGAAACUUUUUGUUCCAAGUUGGUAUUUGGGAUGGGAGGCAGAUGUUGCUUUACUGAGUGGGUAAUAUACAACUAAUAUUUGGAGCGGCCCCAUUGAAAUUUGCUGAGAAUGAUUAAAUAUUGCCCACUGUUUCUUCUGUAGUGCUUUAUUUCUUUCAUUUAUAAAAGUAUUUAUAUGCCACCAGAUCGUAAAACACCAGUGUGGUACGCAACAAUAAAACAUAAAAGUGCAUUUGAAAUAGUACAACAUAAUCGGAAAAAUGACUUGCUAAUUCAGAAUGUUUUAAGCAGUUGCAGGCGGAAUAAAAAAAUAACUGAGAGACGCCUCAGCGUCAAAAUCAAGAAUGCCUGCCGGAAAAGUAUUUCUAUAGCAAGGGAGCAACAAAAUUAAAUACCUGGUAUCUACUUGAAGCCAGUUUAGCUUCUGUGAUAUGGGGGAAAUCUGGAUGCUCUCAGGGACUGAGCUGUGAUGUAAGCAUUCAAUUGGUCUUUAAGAUAUGUGGGACCCUAGUUCUUCAGGGCUUUAUAUACCAAUCUGAGCCAGUAGCAUAUGGGAGCCGGUGCAUAUAUUCUAGCAGAGAUGUCUCAUACUGUUGGUUGUCUGCCCCACCAGCAGUCAGUAGCUUGCUGAGACCCUCAAAGCCAGAACUAUUCUAUCAUUUUCUGGCCAAAUUCAUACAGUCUCCUUUCCAAAAAUCUUGGUCCCUACUCAGACUAAGACAGACAAGUUUCAUAACUUCAUCCUACCCUCUUGCUGAGUUGAUCUUUCAAAUGGCCAGUGAUUUCCCGUAAAUUAGCAUUCAUUCUUAAUUGCACAGUCAUAAAGUGUUAGAAGGAAUUCAGGCAUGGUAGCCCAUAACAGUAUUUUGAAAUCUACGCAAUCGCAUAAAUCAGGGUUGAUAUUGUUGCUAUGCAGUGCCAUUUGUGCCGUUUUCCUAGUGUGAGACUCGAUUCCUAUUCACUAGCUAAGUUUUUCUUCCAGCCAGGUGCAGGUUAACAAGAGCCUUGCCAUUGUGAACACCUCUGAAUCUUGAGAUAGGGUAAGAAAUUCUGAUGUUUAAAUAUGUUAAGGUUGUGCUAUUCAUAGCUGUCAAGCGUCCCUUAUUUGGCGGGACAGUCCCUUAUCCCAGCGCCAUGUCCCGCUGCUGUCCCUUAUUGAUGAUGUCCCUUAAAUAAGCUACUGAAAGUAAUGGGACCCUUUCUGUGUCCAGCUGUCCUUUGUCAACAACAAAUUGUUGCCUUUUUUGUGUGUGUUGAAUAUGUGUGAUAUGGUAAUUUAUGGACCUAAUAGGUAUCUAAAGCCAUUUGCACGCAACAAAAUAUGCAUUUUAUCAAAGUAAUUGUUGAUCCCUUAUUUUCGAGGCUGCUGGUCCCUUAUUUUCAAAUCUGUAAGUUGACAGCUAUGGUGUUAUUUUAAUUCAUUUAAAACAUUUAUAUGCUGACUUUGAGAAAACCCUUCCAAGAAGGCUUACCCUAGAACAUGGUUUUAUUUUCUUGAUUGCUCACUGAUUUUACACUCCAUGAUAUGUCUUCAUGAGCAGGAGAUUGCUGCUGUUUGCAGGCUUCUUUGGCUUUCCACGGGCUUCUGCCUGGCCACUGUGGGAACAGGAUGCCCCUUAGUUCUCCAAGGGCAUCGAUAUGAUGACAAGGGAACCGUUAUUAGAGUUAGUUGUAGGGCAAUUACAUUGAUCUCCUUUCAGCACUAAUCCGUGCGAUGAUGACAGGGAUCCCCUCCAAAGUAUCUGCAGAGGAGAACAUGCUGCAAAAAUGUUGAUAGGCACCGACUGUUUGAUAUGGAAACUGUUAAGUUGUGGGUAGACAUAGCAGACGACACAGCGAUUCUUCAAACAGCUCUUGUUUAUUCACAGGCCAAAACAGAACUGAACUGAAGGGUUCAGUCAGCCUGCUUAUAUAGAGCUCCAGUACAACGUAACCGUAACAAUUUUCUAAAACUAUCCAAUCACUGAACGUCACUUUCAAUCCCUUAUUUACAUAACUAUCUACAGUAUCCCCCUGCUGGCCCAGGGUGAGAACUUUAGUACAUACCGUAUUUUUUGCACCAUAGGAUGCACUUUUUCCCUCCUAAAAAGCAAGGGGAAAUGUGUGUGCGUCCUUUGGAGCGAAUGCAGGGGGGAGGCAGGCGGGAAAAGCCCCCAAGAGCCGCACACAAGCUCUGUGCGCUCUUGCGGGCUUUUCCACAGGAGGGAGAAGGGACUGACUGGCCACAUCAUUCCCUUCUCCCACCUCCCAGAAAAGCCAGGAGAAGCCGCGAUCUCUUUAAAGGGGUUGCGCGGCUUCUGCGGGCUUUUGCGAGAGGUGAGGGAAUUCCCCCACCUCCCAGGAAAGCCAGGAGAAGCCGUGCAGCCCUUUUAAAGUGCGCGCGGCUUCUGCCGGUUUUGCGGGAGGUGGGGGAAUCCCCCCACCUCCCAGUAAAGCCAGGAAAGCCCUGCGCAGCGUCUCCCGGCAAGGAGAGGCAGCACGGGGCUAAAGGGGAAGCCAAAGCAGUGAGCGGGAUCCAUCCUGCUCGCUGCCUUGGCUUGUGCCAUAGCCCCGCUCAACCCCUCCGGCAGGGAGAGGUUGUGCGCAGCCUGUACGCUGCUCUUUGGGGCUGGGGGGGGAAUAUUUUUUUUCUUGAUUUCCCCCCCUAAAAACUGGGUGCGCCCUAUGGUCUGGUGCGCCCUAUGGUGCGAAAAAUACGGUAACAGAAACAGAUGAUAUUUAGGUAAACUGCUUCACAUGGAGGCUCCCAUUCAGCUGAUAGCGAAUAGUCGUUGAUAGGAUUUUCCUCUCAAAUAUUCUCUCUCCUACAUGAAUGAGUCUGAUCUUUUUAAAAGAGUCACCUACAUUAAGGAUCCCUGCAGUGUGUCUUACGGCAGUGAAUUCCACAACAAUGGGUUGUUUGUAGCACUUUUGUCCUUCUUCAGCCUGUUGUCCAUUAAUUUCAUCGGCCCUGCUUACAAAUCAUCUGAAGCCAUAGUUAAACCAUGGCAUUUCAGUAGUAUUUGUGUGCCAUGGCUCACAGUAAAUAUUGCAUCUGCAAAGUAUGGACCAAUGUUCAUUUAUUAACUAAAUUUCAUGCAAAGCAAAGAAUAAAGCAUAGCAGGAACAUUUUGUGUACAAUGCAAGGGCUGGGUGGGAGAUUUGAUAGUUUCUAUUUGGAAAGAAGGUUUUUCUAAAAAAAGACUCUACCCAAAUAAGUCAUUGGACGUGUCUGGAAGCGUGCAGAGUGCUGUUUUCCUUUUGAUAGCUGGGGCAGACUUUUUAGCAGUUACAUUUGGAGACACAUCAUUCUGAUAUCCCCCAUAAGUUUGCUCUUGCUCAGUACAAGAGUAAGAAUUGUCUGCUUUUUUUGUAUCCACCCAGUUCACUGAUCUGAGCAUUCCUCUUGGUUCGAAGGAGGUGAUUCAAGCAGAGGUUACAAAAUCCAUUACUUUUGUAGCCUUUCCUGAAAAUAGCAGCAGCUUCCUCUUAAUGUGGGUCCUGCUGCAUCUCUGCAUUGGGAAUAACUGAAUCAUCAAUCAAUCAAUCAAUCAAUCAAUCAAUCAAUCACACCUGAUACAAGUGAAUGAUCACUCUCCAGAAGAGGUUGAUUGGAAGGGGCCCAGUCCAGACAACAAAUUAUGCAAAAAUUUGGUAGGAUAAGAACCCCCCAUGGAUAAGAACCUUGGGUGUGUUUAAUUAUUUGUUUCUUGUGUUCAGUCAGUUUGAGAAUUGUUCAUGGAGAGAGGAGAGCGCUUCCUAUCUCUCUGUGUGCAUUUCUGCAUUUUGUACCAUUUCCUUUUUCAGGUUCAUAUCCGUUUCCCACCCAAUAUAUGUUUGUUUAACUUUAAUAAAAUGUGUGUAAGCAAAGGUUUUAGAUCCCCAGGGGUCUGGUUAGAUAUCACUACUUCCUAACAUUCUCCCUUCCUUUUAAUAUCUCAAGCUCAGGAUAAUGAUUUUCCAGAUGCAUCAGCUUUCAGUGUUUACGUUGACUCUCACUUAGUAGACUCUCACUUUAUUUUCUGCCAAAGGCCGUAGCCUUUUCCAGGCUCUUAAUAUUGUCUCACUCUGGACCUACUGGCCUGUGCAGAUGGUCCUUAAUCAGUUGCCAACUUGCAGUUUGGACGUUCUGCUCCUAAAGGAAGCACAAGAAAUGCCUGGUGCUAAAUCAAAAUGGCGAUACUGCAACCAGUAAGUGGCUUUUCCGACAGGCUUUUUACUUUCCUUAUUGCAAUUUGCGUUUGAUUGGAAAACACUGGCUUGUGUUAAACGAUAAACCAAACUGGGGCUUACUGGGGCUGCACAAAUGUGACAGCUCCUGCAGAGGAGGUUUCAGCUGUAGUGUGAGCAGGAACUAAAGUGAUUUAGAAAUGGUUGUAUGGGGGGGGGGAGGGAGGGAGGAAUCAGUUCUGGGUGUCACCAGCAGGGAAAGAAAGCUACGUUUGCUAGCAGCACACCGCUAAGUAAAGUUUGUUCCUUCUGAUCCAGUCUCUGCGGCUUCUUUGUAAUCUUGCAAAUGCUACAUGCAGCCGUCCAGUGAGCUCCCCUCCCCCUGGAUGCUGCUCAGCAGAUUGGUGGAAGAAGUCCAAAAGAGUGGACAACCUUUUCUUUCUGGCCCUAAGGGCACCAUUGGCGCUGGACAGCUUCUACUGGAUUUGGCUCCAUGGAAGGCAGAAGACCGUUACAUCUACAGCUGCCCUUCUGCUUCUGGCAGACUCUUCCUAUCAGUAGCAGAGGUGCUGCAACAGAAGCAGCCUCACUCGGUUUUUGUACUACGCAACCAGUUCAUAAACUUGUCUCUGCUCAAGCUAGGCAGCUUCCUUAGAGGUUGGGAAUGGGGAUGCAAUGGCUGUUCUUCCAUGGAGGCAGGGGAUAGGCGGAAAGGGGGAAUCUUCUCUUGCCAUGUCCUUCUUCCUUCUUUCUACAAAGAAGUAAGUGUCCAUACUAGUUGGAAAGUAGCAGUAAAAUUUUAAUAACUUAAUUUAUAGUAGAAAAGAGAAGGUUACUAACACACACAUCCCCAAAAGUAGUGAAACAGCAAUAGCAGCAUUUUCUCUGUAAUGGGGGGGCGGGGGGGCGGGACGAUGACAACAAAGUAUCCUCCCAAUCUUUUGAGCCUGUGGUCAAUCCAGCCAAGAGUGGAAAAGACUGACCUCUACUACUGGACUAUUAAGCUCAUCCCUAAUUAGUUAUUUACAUUCACUUAUCUGUGGAGCGCAAAGAUUUGAGAGAGGCCACAGGCAGGGGUUGAAGCAGUAAAACUGACCCUGGACUUGACCGCAUUGGGAAAUGGUUCGCCACAGGGAAAAAGAAAAAUUCCUGUACAUAGAAAGCAACAGACUGCAGCUUGGGAUAAGGAGAAACUUGGUCCACUUUGCAUUUUACCUAAUUCACGCUUCCUGAGGCAGACUGCAAACUGAAAUGCAGCUGCCCUUCAAAAUUUGCGCUUCUCCAAAUUUUGUGACAGCCAAAAACUGCACAACAGCGUAUAUUUGGGGGGGAAAGCAUUCAUAAAAAGGGGAAUUGUACACAAAUGCCUUUUUUUAAGGACUUCUUUGUAAAAAAAAAGAAAAAAGCAAUCUGAUAAGUUUGAUGUUGUAUAGUUGAGGAACAGUUUUACUCCUACCAAAGCGUAGUCACCUGAUCUUUUUCUACAACACUGACAUAAUUGUUGAUAUCUGAUGGUUCCAUGCCUUCUGUUGGACAAGCUUAGUUUGGUGGAGUACAGCAGCUAGACAAUUUUCAUUCUCCAGUUGAUAUCAGCCGUGCUAGAAGCUCUAACCACUCUUUCCUCCCACCUUUGUGAGAUCUGGGUUACCAUUUCACAAGCAGCUUGCUUCAGCAAGAGUGCCGGUCCUUCCGUUCUAGUGAUCUACUGUUAGAAACCCCAAUGUUUUCUCCACAGACUUCUGUUUUUACAGAACAGCAAGAAAUUGUCAUUUAAGUAUUAAGGAAAACGUAGUCUAGACUUAGGUGAGCUCAUUUCAUAACAAAAUAUGGGAAUGAGGAAAACACAUUUCUUGACCAUAAAAGGGCAGCCUGCAAGUUGACAGUCAUUUCUCCCUCCCCCAUCCAGAGCAGAAAGCUGCUACUAACUGGUCCAGAGAUGCAAGUUGCAAAAAGCUAACACAUUAAGGCUGAAAUUCUCAACGCACUUGGUAGGGAAUAAGUUCUAUGGAGCGCUGUAUGACUGACAUCUGAAUAAGUAUACUUAAAAUUGCACUGUUACUAUAUUGUACAGUUUUGUGGACCAGAGUCUACAACUAAAAGUAGUGAUGCUACGAAAAACAUGAGGGCAACUGUGGGCUAACAGGCUACUUCACCCCCCCUUUUUUUCUUUUGCUAGAAAGAAAAAUGAGUUUUAUAUUUACAGAGCAAAAGUGCAUAGUCAGGGUCUCUGCAUUAUUAAGGCAUAACUAAUACGGGAUAUGGCAUCUUGAGAUGUUCAGCUUAGAGCAUCUGCUGUGUUGGAGGUGGUCAGUCUACUAUUCUCUGACUUCUUUGCAAGAUCCCAGCAACCAGCAGUCUCUAGCUGCUGGUCCACUGGUGUCCCACCAGUGGUUUUAUCUUCUGCUCACUCCUGAUAUUGAUAUACUUAAUGCGUUAUAUAAUCACACAUGAUUUUCCCACUCCACUUCAUUGGCUGCUAUUUGCAGGAGUGAGAAACUUGCAUGAUGUUACAAAGGCAGAGUGGAAGAAGAUGGUGUGAGAUUCUUGUUUUUAAUGGUAGUCGUAAGUCUGCUGUAAUAUUUGAUUCCGACCGUACACUUAGUAAUAAACACACACAUCUUUGCUCUUCUCUGUGACCACCACGAGGGACACUGUGAAUACACAGGCUUACGGAUCGUGCAUGGAUUCAGUUUUGCCAUGUAAAAAUUCAGCUGGUAUCAGUGGAAUGUAUGUGUGAAUUAGAACCUUACAGCAAGAACUCCUGAGAUCAGGGUGCAGGUCACAUUUUUCUGAGAGUUUAAAAAAUAGGAAUGAUAUGCUUGCCAUUCAUGUCUACAUGCAUGUUCCAAAUUCCAUCCCUGGCCUCUCCAGUUAAAUGAAUCUCAGAGAGUAGGGAUAUGAGAGAUUUCCAUGUGAGAUUCUGGAGAGCUCCUGCCAUUCAUAGCAGACAAUAUGAUCUUAUUCAGUACAGUAUAAGGCAGAUUCAUAGAUUUUUUUCCUAGCUCAAUCAGAAAGCAGGCAAAAAGCCCAGUGUUAAUUCCUGGCACCUCCAGCUAUAGGGGUCCAGAACAGCUGGGCUGGAAAGGGUUACGGCCAGUCACAGUAGAUAAUAUUGAGCGUAAAGAGCCAAUGGUUUGUCUAAAGAAGCUUCAUAUGACCAUAUGAAUUUGGGGGAAAGCUUGCAUGAAUUUAUUGGCCGUUUGGUAUUGCACACACAGUUUGUAAAACUUUCCACCUGCAAAAUAUUGAAAAGAAAAUGAUGGAAAGAAAAACAACCACCAACAACCAGUUGACUAUGUAAGCUCAUUUGUUUGUCUCCAAGUUGACUCUUGGUUGUUUUUUUUCCAGAUCUUACACGUGAACAAGGUGAUGUCCAUCUUGUUUUAUGUGAUAUUCCUUGCUUAUCUCCGUGGCAUCCAGUCUACCAACAUGGACCAAGGGAGUUUACCAGAAGAUUCAAUAAAUUCUCUCAUUAUAAAACUUAUUCAAGCAGACAUCUUAAGAAAUAAGAUCUCCAAGCAAAUCACAGAUAUAAAGGAUAGUGUUCAAGACACAAUGAAGAAAACAGAGACUGCUGAGCCUGAUAUGGAUGGCAAUGAAAGUGUGAAACUGGAUUUCCAACCGGUUAUCUCAAUGGAUACAGAACUACUAAAACACCAGAAACGCUACAGCUCCCCCAGGGUCCUCCUGAGUGACAAUACCCCAUUGGAACCCCCACCAUUAUACCUUACGGAGGAUUACAUUGGCAGUUCUGUGGCGGCAAACCAAACGUCUCGGCAGAAGAGGUUUGCUGAAAACAAGAGUCAUCGUGGGGAGUAUUCCGUGUGUGACAGUGAGAGCCGAUGGGUCACUGACAAAUCUUCUGCUAUUGACAUUAGAGGACACCAGGUUACUGUGCUGGGAGAAAUCAGAACAGGGCCUUCCCCAGUCAAGCAAUAUUUUUAUGAAACAAAGUGUAAACAAGCCAAACCUGCCAAAAGUGGCUGCCGUGGUAUAGAUGAUAAGCACUGGAACUCCCAGUGCAAAACAUCCCAAACAUUUGUACGAGCAUUGACUUCAGAAAACAAUAAACUUGUAGCCUGGCGAUGGAUAAGAAUAGACACUUCUUGUGUGUGUGCAUUAUCCAGAAAAAUUGGACGAACAUAGGUCUGUGCCUCUCCGUCGUAUAAAUUAUUAUGUCUAAAUUAUAUGAUAUGCAUGUAGCAUAUAAAUGUUUAUAUUGUUUUAUAUAUUAUAAGUUGUCCUUAUUUAUUAAAUUCCAGAAAACUGCCAUGUGUGUAUGUAUAUGUGUAUGUAUAUACAUAUAUAUACAUAUAUAUAUGCAUGCACAUAAACAACACCAAUUAAAAAACAGUAAAGUAUGGAUAUCUACAAUUGGCUACACCAGUUUUCAUGACUGCUUGUGACUUCUGUUCCUCUUCAGCCUUCCAUAAGUUGCCUGUAAAAUCUUUGUGUAACAUUGGUAUUUUUUCGCCCAGAACUGUCAAUCCACUGACUUUCAUGGAGUAAACCUGUUAAAAGAAAUUAGAUCAAGUUGCCGAGACUUCUGUACAUGCUUUUCCAUUCCUUGAUGAUAAGAUUAAAUAUAUAGUGUUUAACUGUAUCCCUUCCUCCCAAAAACAAAAUUAAUCAAUGUAGGCUAUAGCCAGCAUUGACUAGUAAUAAUAUUCAUUUUCUGUAUGUUCUUCCAGCUUAACCAUUAGAGUUACCAUUUAUCCCCCCCCCCAUCCUGUCCCUGU